AUGGCACCUCCCCUAAAAGCCCUGGCCAGUUUUAAGGUACGCUUCCAUAUCUAAAGAGAUGGCAGGUGGCUUCCUCUCCUGCUGUAAAAGGCUCCAUUAAGACUUGCCCAAUAUAAGUUGGGUGUCUUGUUUGUUUGUGGGACAAGGAGCAGAAUACUUGCAGCAGGUUUGCUGAACUCGAUUACAUAAUUUUGUUGCGCAUCUUACACAGUUUAAUUCUUGUCAGAAGCUUAAAUUAUUUUUUCCUCUCACUGCUAUAGUGUUUUGAAACCAAAGAGACAGGAAGUUGUGGAAACCCUAUGUUAGCAACCAUUGUUUUGAAGUGAAAAGGGGCUGAAUCAUCUCAAGUAGCUGCUUGUUUUGUCAGCAACCACUGUCUUGAACUCCCUCCCCACCCCCAGGUGAUCUCAGUCUUGAACAUCCAUAAUUCCAUUGACUUUCUAAAUAAACUCUACACACAUUUUCUACCUACAAAUUUAAUUGAGGGGGUGGGUGGGGAGGAAGGAAGUUGUUUCAGGCAUAUUCAAUGAGAAACAGGGCCAACCAUCUGCACCUCCAACAGUCGGUCAUUCUCUCUUUCCGUUCUGACUAAAAUCUUCAGGUGCAUCUUCACCUGCACGGAAGACAGAUGUAUUUUAGGUAAUUAAAUAGUGAAAACAGCUGCAGUAAUAAACGGACCCUUUUAUGCCCUCCCUUCUACUUCUCUCAAGUCCCUGUCUAAGCCCCGUAAAUAUUGACCUGUCUUUAGUGUGCUCUCCCAACUUGAAUCUCUGCGGUAUUUAAAAUUUUGAAAUAGCUUUCUCCCCAACCCUACAUCUUCUUGGCUUUUUCGAAAUUAUUCGUUGCUGCAGUGUUGUUUGUCUGUUUGUAAGCUUCGCUCUCACCCAGCCCCAGUCAAGUCAGAAGGAUGUGACUGAAGUCUCAUUACGCAUCUUCUCUGCAUUUCCAUUUUUAAAAAAACAAAACAACAAGCAGCCUGCUGGAUUUGAGCUUUUAAAAGGCCCUCCCUCUCCAGGCUGCUGUUUCAACAGCUCCAGCCCCUUAAAAUCCAUCUCAUCUUAAAGGUUCAGAAACUACAUCCUUCCAAGUCUCCCUGACAAGUUUAAACCAGCAGCCACCUCUUAACUGUAAUAAACUACAGGCCAAACUUUUUCAUCCUAGCUAUCCAUGCUUUUCAGUGUAUUGACGGAUUCUGAUUUCAACUGGAAAUUCUGGUAAGAGGAAGCUUGCUUCUAUUCACAGUUGCGAUAUUAAUUCCAAAUAAAUGUGCCUUUGAGCCCAAUACACUGCUGGGGAGGAGGAGGGUGGAGCUGAAACCACUUAAUGUCUCUGAAUUAUGUUUGGUGGCAGGUUUUUGGAAAAGCCGACUGUAUUUCAGCAGGUUGGCAUGACAAAUCAAGCUUCUGUUUUUACUGGGUGUAAAUCUUUUUUGCUGAACUCAAGUCACAAAUGCUGUGUUUAGAGGCGCUGCAUCAUCUCAGUCCCCAAAUAUUUCAGAGGGAGGUUUUGGCUGGUUUGGGGAGUGUGACUCUCCUUGUUUUGGAUUUUCCGGCAUGAAUCACUUUACCACUGAGAUACACAAGCAGAGGAUUAGAGCUUUCAUUUGGCUCCAGUGGAAGGGAGAAUACCCGGGAUGAGGGUUUGGUGGGCUUCCCACCAGCAUUUCACCUCCUUUAGCAAAGUUCCAUUUAUUAGAUUUUGCCAUAUAUUUUAUGCAGGAACGGUUUCUGGUCUUACGAAACCCCUGCUAUUUAUUUGCAUACACCAGUGUGCCUUUUCCAAGCUGCGGAUAGAAAUCCAUUAUUUGCUCAUUGCCUGUAGUUGCUUCCUCCAGCUCGUUUUGUGGGUUGACAAAUUAACCAUCAAACCCUUUAGUUUUGGCAUGAGUUCUCCUCUCCCCAGGUCUUAAAUAUGCUUUUUAAAAAAUUAUUUGCGGGGGUGGGUGGGAAUUUUUGCUUCCUUCUUCAUCUUGAAAUCCAGAAGUGUUGGUUGUUCCUCAGUGGUUCCCCCCUCCCCCUGCCCCCCAAAAAAGGCUAUAAAGAAGGGGAAACCUAAAUUUUCUGCGCGAUGAUCUCUGGAACUUUUAUCCUGUUUCUAACUUCGUUUAUGUUACUCGUCAGACAGAACAGAUAAGAUUCUUUUUUUAUAUAAAAAAAUAAUAAUAAUUCCCCCCAACCAAACCUGUGCAAAUUGUUCCAGAUGCUUUAAUGAAUACCACAAGGUUCUUUCAUCUUUCAGAGCUGACUCUUAAUUUUCCAGCUUCUUCGAGCUGAAUGGUUCUGGAACUAUGUAGCCACCCACCCAUCCGCCUCUUUCUCUUAUGUGCAUUCCCCCCCCUGCUGUGUACAUAUAUGUAAUAUAUAUAUAUAUAAUAGAUAUCCAAAAAGAUAUAUAUCUUUACCAGGGAGGGUUAAGCUUUUUUUAACCUUCUCUAGCAGCAGUGGCAGCUUGCUGGGAGUUUUGUGUGUAAUCAAAGAGGGUGGGCAUGUGCACAGAUGGAUUGAUGGAUGGGUCUCAUUCAUUCAUUCUCUCUUUCUUUUUCUCUCUCUCCCUCUCCCUCUCCCUUCCCUGGCUGCCCAGUGGAUGGGUCUCUUUAAACGUACAUCCCCACUCCUCUGUCUGUCUAUAUAAAUAUUAUAUAUAUAGAUAUAUAUAUAUAUAAAUAUAUUUUCAUUUGAUCUUAUCGGCUUCCUACUUGUAAAUAUGUUAAUAAUUUGUGGAUUCAUUACUUGGUGCCAGAUAGCACAUUUUUAUAAAAGUCAUUAAACUUUUAUUGUACAAAAACAAAACAAAACCUCGGAGCACGGUUCUUGUUGUCAUUUCUAGGCUCGGGGCUGAGCGCGCACCACACCAGAACAAGCCUGAGUUUUUAUGUCGUGCAAACCUUGCCUGCCUGCCCUUAAGUCACGCAUGCGAGGUUAGUGUAGCUGUCAGUGCAGCCCCUGCCAACCAAGAUGCGCUGUCUGGGACGAACAGAAGUUGUCAUCCAAAACGCUUGGAGGGCGCCAGGUUGGCAAGACUUGGGCUAAAGUGCUGGGCUGUGGGCAAGGAAGGAGGUUGGGGUUCAGGUUCCCACGCAGCCAUGAAACAUUUCCUUAGGCUAAUUUCAACACAGACUUGCCAGCCCACCUGAUAGGAGGAAGGUGACUACAUAUGCCUUUCUGAGGUCCUCGGAGAAAGACUGAGAUAGGAAUGUCAUAAGAUCAUUCAGGGCUUUUCAAAUUGAAAAUGGUUUUUUUUUGGGGGGGGAGGGUGGCAAACUCGCACACCAGGUUUGUAAACAGUUAUAUUUCUGCUUGCAUCAAAUCCAAAUUGCCUUCAUGCAGUUCAGCUAGGAAGCGUUACAGGGGUUGGUUGCCUACUACUUCUUUGCCACCACCAGUUUGUGCACACCCAGGACCUAGUGAAAAUAUUGUGAAUACUAACUCGUGCUUCAUUAUUUGUAAGUCUGCACUGCUCUCAUCCAUCAGAGGCCGUGGGUCUGCAUCCAGAGUUCAUUUCCCAAAUAAAUAUCAAUUCCACUUGAACACCAGUUAACCUGUUCCUUCGCAAUUAAGACCACUGACAUUUGAAAAACUAAAAUUUGUUUGUAUGCAGUUCAGGCAAGUUAUCCAUCCAUAACCAAUUACCUUGCAAAUUUCAUGAAUCAAAGUGUUUGAUAUGCACAUAUUUGCUUAACAGCACAAUUCUAAUUUCGAGGAAUUGGAUCGUUUUGGCCAAAAAGAAGAGGAUCAUCAGAAAUGAGUGUAAAAGUAAAGGUGGUAGCCAAGCAAGUUCUCAGAACAGACACAAUGAAAUUUAUAGAACUAAGGAUAUACUUCCAUUUCAAUGCGUAACCUGAGAGUAUGACUAAAGAAGAUUUCCAGCCCUAAGGACGUUUCAGGCAGUUUCGAUAACAGCCAUUUCAAAUGACUACAUUGGUGCCAACAAUGGCACUUUUAUCUGACCCUUCAACACACAUGGGUUUUCCUCAACAACCAAACUUGGGGUGGUGAACACUGGUGGACUUUUCAUUUUACAUGAGAGUGCUGUGUUGUGAUGUUAAUUGGAAGCCAGGAAGGCACGUAGAUUUAAGCUGUGAGUUCCUGUGGCUGACCAGCAUCUACUUCAUUGGGAGCCAGGGAUUUGGCAACCAUCAAGGCAACCUUCGACCACUCUCCAUCCUGCCUCCCCCUUUCUGCCCCUGACUCAUUGUGCUUUAAGUAUAUUGAUAUACAGUGGUACCUCGGGUUACAUAGGCUUCAGGUUACAUACGCUUCAGGUUACAGACUCUGCUAACCUAGAAAUAUUACCUUGGUUUAAGAACUUUGCUUCAGGAUGAGAACAGAAAUCGUGCUCCGGCGGUGUGGCAGCAGCAGGAGGCCCCAUUAGCUAAAGUGGUGCUUCAGGUUAAAAACAGUUUCAGGUUAAGAACAGACCUCUGGAACGAAUUAAGUACUUAACCCGAGGUACCACUGUAUUUACAGUAUUUAUAUACCGCUUUCCAGCCGGACCUCACAAAGCGGUUUACAUAUUACAAUAAGCACAUUUUUUAAAGGGGCGGGGAGUGGGUUACAAUAAAAUGGAAAGGUUAACUUAGGCAAAGACGUUACUGCCGCUUCUCUGUUCCCCUCAGGGCAAAAUGGUCCGUCAGACACUCCUGUGGCGGCAGUUGGUGGAAUGAACAGCUACUCUGGGAGCAGGAAGGUGGCAAUUCCCCAAGUUUCUUCUCCACUCCCAUAAAUUUUGCCCAACUGCCCAGAGACUGUUGGUGUCAUGCGGCAGCUAAGAGACUGAGCCUCCCCCGUACCAAACUUGCUGUGUCAUGAAUUUGGUAGGUGGCCUUGGGCAAGGCACGUUCUCUCCCAUCCCAUCGACGAAAUGGGGAUAUUUAAUGAUACCGGAUGGGGACACAGGCAUCUAUUGCACCAAAAAAAUGGCCCCACUUCAAAGCACAGUUAGUGGCGUUCCUUUGCUUCCUUGCCAGAUUUCCCUUGGCAGAAACUCCCAUGACUUUGGAAAGCAGAACUAGUUUUCCUCAGUGUUGGCAAUUGCACCUUCUCACUGCAGUAUCACCUCGCAUCUCAAAGCCUUUCCCUUCAUAUGAACUGGGUGAGGGCAAAGUGUAAUUAAAGAUCUGGGUUUAGAUGGAGAGAUGACAAUCCAAACUCCAUCCUAGAUGCUGAGGCUUCUAAGGAAGCAAUGCUGGAUUUGCAUGACUGGUGUGAAGAGGUAUUCAGUUUCGUCAGUGCAAUGACCUGCUUUUGGGUCAGAGCUCCUUCAAAUGUAUUCCACCCCCUGUGCUUAAAAAUGUAAAGGGACCCCCAACCAUUAGGUCCAGUCAUGGCCGACUCUGGGGUUGCGGCGCUCAUCUUGCUUUACUGACCGAGGGAGCCGGCGUACAGCUUCUGGGUCAUGUGGCCAGCAGGACUAAGCCGACCAAGCAACGUGAGCUCACCCUGUUCGAACCGAUGACCUUCCGAUCAGCAAGUCCUAGGCUCUGUGGUUUAACCCACAGCACCACCCGCAUCCCUGCUGUUGGGUCAGAGCUCCUUCAAAUGUAUUCUACCCCCUGUGGUUAAACAAGGUGAUUUCUGACACCUGCCAUUUCUUGUAGCAGUGUGGCCCCGUAUUAUCUUUUCAUUUAGAGUUUAUGAAUGAGUUAGAAUAUGUUAAUAAUGUCAGCGCACACCCUAGUACUUUAUCUCUAAUUCUCUCUUAUCUUGCAAUGAGAGAAAGCUUUGCUUGAGCCUGGUUUGGAGCGGCAUUCUUGAGCAAAUACACACACCGUUCAGGCAUGUUGAAGAACAGCACUUGGUUUCUCUCUAAGCAAACGAUCACCAUCACCUUCCUCUCUAGGGGAUGUGUUUAAAGUAGGGCUGCCAUACGUCCGGGAUUCAACAACUUUUGGGUCCAGAUUUUCACUUUUUAAAACUAUGGCAGCAAGUGGAUGACAGGUGUGUGUGUAACAGGUAUGUGUGUAUUUUGCUUGUUUAUGAAGCCAGACAAAUUUAGUCCAGUGGACUUUCCAUCCUGACCUAGUGGUAUGUAGGCUGGUUUAUUUAUUUACAUCACCUUUAAAAUUACAGUGGUACCUCAGGUUACAUACGCUUCAGGUUACAUAUGUUUCAGGUUACAGACUCCGCUAACCCAGAAAUAGUGCUUCAGGUUAAGAACUUUGCUUCAGGAUGAGAACAGAAAUCGUGCUCCGGCAGCACGGCAGCAGCAGGAGGCCCCAUUAGCUAAAGUGGUGCUUCAGGUUAAAAACAGUUUCAGGUUAAGAACAGACCUCUGGAAUGAAUUAAGUACUUAACCCGAGGUACCACUGUAGUGUUAAAUGGCUGCCAUUCUUUUAUCCCCAACUUAAUUCCCCAGUCACUGCCUUUUCCUUUUAACAUCAUCCUUUCAGUUUCGAAUCCUCAGUAAAAGUAUCUGGGUUCAGGCCCAGCUUUGGGACAGAAGUUGGCCCUUGAGGGAGGGCCCUGGGGCCUGCAACUUUGCUUCUUCGUUUGAGCUCUUAGUAGCUUUCAGUACCGUUGGCCGUGGAAUCCUCCCUGGACCAUCUCUGUGAGUUUGGGAGUUGAUGGCACUGUGCUCGCAGCACUCCUCCCCACAAGGCCAGGUUCAGCAAAUAGGCUUGGGGAGGAACAAUACCCCAGCUCUUUUCAUAACAUCUGAAUCAGGAGAGACUGUGACUGUUUUAAACCACUGCUCGGAUGCAGCGGCAGGCUGAAUGAAGGCCUGCAAACCGAGACUGAAUCCUGAUAAGACAGAGACUAUUGGCAAUGCCUACUAUUACACCAACAGCACCUUUCCAGGACAGGGGUAGCUCAGCCAUUGUGACCCAUGUGUGGAGAACCUCAUAGCUGGACUACUGUAACGCGCUUUAUGUGGGACUUCCCUUGGAAACUGCAUCUGAUACAGAAUGCUGUGGCCAGGUUGUUGAGUGGAACAUCUGGACAUUCAGCCUGUUACUCCUGAGCUGAGAGAACUGAACUCGCUGCCAGUCAUCUUCCAGGCCACGUUUAAGGACAUCAUGUUAACAUAUACAGUGGUACCUUGGUUUUCAGACGCCUUAGUACUCAAACACCUUGGUUCUCAAACACCGAAAACCCAGAAGUAAGUGUUCCGGUUUUCGAAGGUUUUUUGGAAGCUGAAUGUCCAAUGCCGCUGUUGACUAUUGUUUCCGGGGCACCUGCACCAAUCAGAAGCUGUGCCUUGGUUUUCGAACAUUUCGGAAGUCAAACGGACUUCCGGAACAGAUUAAGUUUGGCGCUUUUGUUUUUGCUAUUUAUUUUGCAAUUUUGUUUUUGAGGCUUUUUCGGUUAAUUUGUUUUUGUGACUGUGUGGAACCCAGUUCAGCUACUGAUUGAUUGAUUGAUUGAUUGAUUGUGUGACUGCAGAAAUGGAUAAAAGCCCCCCAUCCAAACAAUGACUGUCAUCAGUUCAGGUAAGAAUUUAUUUAUUUAUUUAUUUUUAUCAUCUACAAUAUUGUCUUAUUUAUUUUAUAGUAUAGUACAUUACUGAUUUCAUUUUAUGGAUCAAUGGUCUUGUUAGAUAAUAAAAUUCAUGUCAAAUUGCUGUUUUAAGGGUUGUUUUUAAAAGUCUGGAACGGAUUAAUCCAUUUUGCAUUACUUUCUAUGGGAAAGCGCAUCUUGGUUUUGGAACUCUUUGGUUUUGGAAUGGACUUCCGUAACAGAUUAAGUCUAAGAACCAAGGUACCACUGUAAUCCCUAAACAAUCAGCUUAUUUGAAAGGCUGCCUUCUCCUGUGUAGACCUGUAAGAUUAUAGACCAUCUGGGCGGAUUCUAUUUGUAGCAGAUUCUAUAUGGAAUGCCUUAGGGCCUUUUCUGCUGCUGCUCCUGUUCCAUGAAUUGCCCGUCCUUCUGUCAUAUGCAGGAGCAGCAACCAUCACUUACACCAGACAUCUUGCAAAGACUUUAUUUUAUUUUUUUUGCCCAGGCUUUCCAUGACCCCUAAUACUGGAUGCCGUUUUACAUGUUUGCUUUUGAUCAAAUGUUUUUAUGUGGGUAUGUCUUGCUGUUUUAUUGGCUAUAGGUUGUGGUUUUGUUCUUUGUUUUAAUGACUUCAGUUGGUACUGUGUCGGUUGCUGUUUUUGUUUUUUACUCUACACAGCUGACAUAUUUUAAAAAAUAUUCUGUGGUUUGUAAAUGCUUUUUAAUAAACAGAAAUGGGAUUCCUGAAACAGAGCUCUCCAUCUACAACGCAAACUGAUAUUCAAAGAAGCAGGAAAUCCUUGAAGGAAGAAUCGGAGAAGACAGAGAAGAGAGAAAGAGAAGGAAACAGAAAUGCCUUUUGAGCCACAUACUGUAAAUCCUUUGUACAGUACUGCAAAUAUCAGUGCUGGUCAUUGACUGUAGCAGUAAAGUUACAGUUUACUUCCUUGGCAACCUGGAUAUGUCAGUAGGUUUUAUCUUCCCAUUCACCUUUCACCUGCCUCCUUUAGAAACCACCACUGCUCUGCUCAGGCAUUCUUAAUGCUCCAAAUACCAGGAAAUUAUCAUAAUUAUCAAAACUUUGAAAGAAAAGGCCAUUUCGGCACAUAUUCCUAGAACUAGAUUAAUACAUUUCCCCACCUACCACCCCCAUCGUUCUGCCCGGACACUGAAGUUGCAGGGAACCAGGCAGAGGGCCUUCUCGGUAGUGGCGCCCACUCUGUGGAACGCCUUCCCACCAGAUGUCAAAGAAAUAAACAACUGUCUGACUUUUAGAAGACAUCUGAAGGGAGUUUAGGGAAGCUUUUAAUAUUUGAUGAAUUAUUGUAUUUUAAUAUUUUGCUGGAAGCCACCCAGAGUGGCUGGGGAAACCCAGCCAGAUGGGCGGGGUAUAAAUAAUAAUAAUAAAAUUAUUGUUACUAUUACUAUUAUUAUUAUUAUUAUUACCACCCUUCCCAUGAUAAAACUGGACUAUCUUGUCUCCAACAUGCAUCAGUAGAAUCCUGAUGUGGAAUAUGUUUGGUUAGACCCUAAUGCCUUUUAUGAAUAACUUCCUGCUGCAUCUGAAAGCUUAGGCCCAGCUGUGAAGUGUACCGUAUCACAAUUGUUUCUGAGAGUCUCAUUUCACUUCCCAUCACAUAACAGAAAUUUGUUCCGCUCUUGCCUGUAAACGGACUGGUUUUGAAAGAAUACCAAGCCCUGUUGGCCCAAAGAGGAAGUGGGAUGGAGGCGCAUUUGCGCCAGAAAUGGCAAGCCCUCUUCGAAAGCACCUUCAGCUCUCUGGGAAAUCCAGCUGAAGGGGUGCUCUAACCACUGUGUGUGGCCAGGAUGACCUUUGGUCUCGCCCUUGGAGUUACCAUCUUGCCCUUAAUCUGAUCACUGGGUCAGCUGCAGUCAAAGCAGUGAUGAUCAGACAGGGUGAGAAAAGGAACUGGCGAACCAGUUAUGACACCCAGAGAAGGUGUUUGCAUGAAAUCUUAUCUGUAGCUAUCCUUGAGCUUCAAAAAAAAUAUCCUGGGUAAGAUUAUGGGAGUUAUAGGGAGAAAAUGGAUUUCACUUUCAGCUGCACAAGCUGCAUCAGAGGCAAGAAGUGGCUUCUUUUUGUGGGUGACUCAUAAGAAUGAGGAAGGCCAAGGCCAGCUGAGUCUUAUGUAACAGAACGUUUAGCAAACAAGCCUAUAGCACUCAGGUAAAAGAGGUAUUUCUCAAAGCCCGAGAACUGGGUUGCUGUUGAUUCGCAAGUUAAUCAUCUCAAAGUCGUGUGGGUGGGCAGGGCUAUGGACAAAGUCAAUCUAUGGAAAUUCAGUGUGCCCUUCAUAAGGCUGUCUGAUUCGUGUGGCUGGAGCCUCGCUUCGAAUUCAAGCCCAGUUUGACACGGUGCCUGAACAGCCAAGGUAGGAGGAAGAUCCAUAGUGUUAACGGAGGAAUCUGAGGGCUCCCUUGCACAAAAAGACAAAGAUGCCAACCAGGACAAUUUGGAGCAAAACAACAGCCUGUAGGCUUGGCUUUUAUUGAAAACUGUCAUGACAGGACUCCCACCCACAACAAGAUGAAGCAAGAUGGAAGUCCCGAACAAAAGAAGACCCCAACUUUUAUUAGCUACUAAUCCCCCAAGCUACACCCCUAGAACUACAUCACAACUACAUCAUGACUACAUCAUUGACACAUCACAAAAAGGAGGGGUUGAGGGAGGGGUUGUGGAAGUAACCUGAGUAUCUUGUCACCUGGCUGGUUCCUCCUUUUCCCCUCCCCAUGAGUCAUUUCCAGAGGACAAAGGGGAGUUGGCAGUUUCCUCCCCCCAGAGGGAAGAUCUGUUCAUUGUCCUUUGUUCCAGUCCGUGUUGAAUCCACUCCCAUAUGCAUGUCCGUUGUGUCCUUGAUGGUCUUCUGUCUGGGACCAUCAAGGUUGUCAUGCCAAGUGGGCAGGGCUCCUGAGUACGUGUUGGUACGAUUAAGGGAUUAUGGCCGUCCUGUAUCAAACCAUCCCCCUUUGAUAGUCCUUCCUUCAUGGAGCAAAAUAAAAGUGGCCUGGUGUAAAUCCGAUGUACAGUUGAUUUACUAUGAAUUUAUAGCAGAAACUUCGCAUAUGUUGCGUGUGAGUGUGUGUCGUGUUUGUACAAACUGAAUGAUUGGGGGGGGGGGUUCCUGCAACAGUGGUAAGGUUCGAAGUCACGCUCUGAGAAACACUGAAGGAAGAUUGAAUGGUAGAAGAGCAAAAUAUGCUGAGACUAUUGGUUGCGCUGCCGUACCUACAAUGCUGUCAUGAACGCAGGUCAAAUCAUUGUAUGGCACCAUUCGCAGGUUCAGUCUGUGACUUCUUCCUGGUUUUGUUUGUGGGUUUGUUCAGAGCAGAAGUUUUCAACCUUUUGGAGUCCACAGCUCCCUUGACCCAUUGCAUUCUUUCUGCGGCACCCCUGUGAGGCUCAGGAGCCCAGUUGUGUCACCCCUUGCCCGCAGAGUGGGCAGCCUCACACCCUUUUUCGAACACCCUCCCUUGUGGAGUGUUCCCUUAGCCUCCUCUCCCCUCUCCCCUUUCCCCUCUCUUUGGGAGUCCUCUGGGCAGCCGCCGCCACUGCAGAUGGUCUCUGAGCUGCCCCCCACUUGCCCCAAAGAGAGGUAUUGGAGCACUUUAAUCCAGUUUAAUUAUGCAAAUCCUAAAUUUCUGGUGUGAGCUGGAAUGCCUCCUCCAAGAUACAGACAGUCUGGGGGCAUCCCAAUUCCACAGGCCUAUUUAAUUAAAGCAUUAAAGCAUUAAUGAUUCACUUCAACCAGGCAGUGGCCUGGAAUCUAGGUAUUCCUGAGGGAUUAUUAGAUACUGAAUUCUGUCUGUCUGUUUGUCUGUCUGUCUCUCUCGCUCACACACACACACACAGACACACCCCUCCUGAAAUUAUAUCUCUAUUCAGUUUACAUCCCCGGUGUUUCAGGGACAAGUUCUUACUAGCUAUGCUCCAAAGCUUUGGCAGGAAUCUCUUCCAUCCGAAGCACAGGACAUGCAGAAAUAUGGAAUUCUGUUUUCUGGUUUGAGGAGUGGAAUUCAAUUUCCACAGAGUUUAGUUAGAACAUUAUAAGUGUAGUAACGCAGACUGUGUAGGUAACUCUGGAAGAUGGUAGAGGCAAACUUGGUUCUGAGCAGACAGUGGAAUUCAGAGUGAUUUGGGGGAUGAUGGAAGGAGGCGAAGGCUGGGACUCUGUGAAAUUAGAUAUCUGGAGCAAGGUGCAAGAUUCCCAGGUUCCAAUUGUAUAUUAUUGCUGUAUAUUAAGUCUAAUUUAGCACAUAGAAGGGAGGGGGAAAUGGUUUAAGUAUGAAGGCUUUGGGGAAGUAAUGAUGUUCGCUGGCCACUAGGAUGUGCACUGCAUUAACUUUAAUUUCAGCAGGAUCAAAAGAGGUGCGGCAAUGAUUCUUCCUUUUUCUGACUAUUUGGGCAGGAAAAGUGGGGAGCACAAAUUAUUUGAGGAGAAGCUAAAUUUGCACUAGCUACAAUCCGGGACCAAUCGCUUAAGGUCUCGUUCCAUAUCAGGGAUGGCAGGAUGCAAAUAGCAGCCAGUCAAUGCAAGUAGCCUUUGCAGCAGGACUGGACAACUAUGUCCUUAUGAAAUACUGCAUUUUUAUGCAUUUGUUCCCCCCAAAACCAGCUUUGAUCUGAAUUGAGGAAAACAGUGUUGCGUUAUCAGCUUGCAAUGUAUCCAGAGCCUUAGAGAACUGUGUCUUGCCCAAGUCCAGCUGGCCAGUUUGUGGGUGACGUGAGGUCUAACCUCUUAGCUGCUGUUGUCACAUUUUCUGUCUAGGGGAAAUAAGCAGCCCCACCUCCUGCUGGGAAUUGGGAAGUGGGGUCUGUGUCGUGGAAUCUGACCCUACCAGAGAGAGACAGAUUGUGGCCAAGUUGUCAUGCAAUGUUGCCUGAGUGUGCUCGCCUGUAUUCCUAGAAAGAGAAGAGAAAGUGUCUCUGAGCACAUCCUCCAGUGUUGCUAGGAUAAAGAGAGAAAGGAGACGGCUGCUGUGUUUUGCACUUUGCACCUUUGCUCUUGCAUGUCUCUCUGUGUGUACACUCAGCAAAGUGCCUCUUUAUUUUUAUUUCAAUCUUGCUCUUGGCUUAGGAUAGCCAACCCUUUUGUUGGCUCCUGCACCUUUAAGAACACCUUGGAUGAUGUGGAAGUAGAAGCAGACCUGCUGUAGACUUUCCAAUUUUCCCAGGAGGGCAGGGGAAACUCUGAGGCAAACCUAGGGGGGAAGGGGGGGUGAGCCAGUGCUUGUGGUGAUAUUUCAGAGGUUUCCUGAUUUGAAAUCUGCUUUUAGGGUGGUCACUUUAAGACCUGCAAAUGAACAUGCAUGCCUGGAUAGCUCAGUCGGUUAGUUGCUGAUAAUGCCAGGGUUGCAGGUUCAAUCCCUGUAUGGGACAGCUGCAUAUUCCUGCAUUGCAGGGGGUUGGAUUUAGAUGAUCCUCAGAGUCACCAGUGACUCUAUGAUUCUGUGUACAGGAUACAGUCUUCCUGGACAGUCUCUGCACCAGAGAAUGAACGGACACAAAUGUGGCAUUUAGAAAAAGAGAAAAUCCUGCAGGGUAGAUUUUAAUCUUCCUCGCCAUUCAGUUGCAGGGAGUUUGUUUCUCUUUCAUUCAGAACAGUGGCUUAGUAAUAUGAAACUAUAUUAUGUCACCAUGGGUUGCCUUUAUUUGGUAAUGUCAUGGUUGUCAUCUCGGAGCCGGUGCCUAGGAAUGCAGGAAACUGCUUUAUACUGAGUCAGAGCAUUGGUCUGUCCAGCUCUGUGCAGACUCUGGGCUGACUUGCUGUCUCUCUCUGGGGUUUUGGACAGGGGUCUUUCCCACUUGGCCUUCUCUGGAGAUGCUUGGCGUUGAACCAGGAAGCACCUGGAACUGAACCAGCAGGAAGCGCCUAGAAGUAGCAAAGUUGACGGAUUUGAUAAGACAAAAACCAAAAAAUAUAAUCCAGAAACAAUGGAAAUGCUUAAAUGAGUAUUUAUGUAGACAAGGAUUAAAUGUAAGGUAUUGGUUGUGUUUAGAAUAGAUUUAUGAGAGAUUUAGAAAACUUAUUGAUUAGAAUAUUGUGUGAGAUUGUGUGGGGAAAAUACAGAAUAACAGAUACAGUCUUGCUUAAAAUGUAUAUAGGAAGUGCAGUGUAAGUGAUGGAAGUCAAUCAAUGAAAUGUUAUUAUUAUUUUCAUAUUGAGAUAUUUGUAGAAUAAACUUGGGAGAAAUUCUUCCAACUUUUCUUCUUCUUUUUUCUCUUUAUUUUUUCUUUUUUUCUUUUCUCUCUCUUUUGUUCCUUUUUUCAUGUAUAUGUGCUUAUUUGAAACAUAUAUGUAUGUAUGUAUGUAUGUAUGUAUGUAUUUGCAAUAUUUUGCUUAUAUUUUGUAACAAUUAUGUUAAAUAAACAAUAAAAUUAUUUUAAGAAGAAGAAGAAGAAGGAAGCACCUGCAUGCAAAGUGAUGCUCCGCCACUGAGCCUAGGCCCUUCCCCAGAAUGAGGGCUGGGAAAGCAGUAUGAACAGGGCUCCAACUCCCGUCACCCCCAACCAUUUGCUGUGCCAUCCAGGACUGAAGGGAUUUGUAACCUUGCAGCAACUGGAGGGACCACAGAUUCCCUAUCCCUUUAAUAAAGCCUCGUGGUUAAUUUCAGCUCUGUUGCCUCCAUGCUCUUAUGAAGCUAACUACAGGGUUAACGGAGUGCUCGCUUGGCUGCCUGAGAUCCUGGGCAGAAGGUCAAAUUUCUCCUGCAAGCACCUACACUCUGUUUGCACCAAGGAAUUGGCUGACUGGGUCAGCAAGCUCUUUCUGCUGCGUUCCGUCUAGCCACGUGAAGCCUUCAUUGAAGCUGCUCUUUCUCUUUGGCAAUCACUCGUAGCCAAGUAAGAUUGUUUCCAUGAACACAGUCUUAACAGUGAGUCCGUAAGUGAGUGUGGAGGCCAAUUCUGGAUCCACACAGUGGGGACAUAGGUUUCUGGAUGGGAGUUGAUCAUGGUGAGGGUUUGCCAAGCGUGCCUUCCUCUUAGCACGUUUCUCCCUUUCGUCCUGAGUUCGAGCAUCUUCAGAGCCCACGACACCUUUGGUCAAGGCUGUGCUCCAGCUGGAGUGUUCACAUGCCAGUGUUUCCCAGUUGUCAGUGUUUAUACUACAUUGUUUUUAGAUUUGCCUUGAGAGUAUUUGAACCUCUUUUGUUGACUACCAGCAUUACGCUUUCCAUUUUUAAGUUCGGAAUAGAGUACAGUGGUACCUCGGGUUACAUACGCUUCAGGUUACAGAUUCUGCUAACCCAGAAAUAGUACCUCGGGUUAAGAACUUUGCUUCAGGAUGAGAACAGAAAUUGUGCUCCGGUGGCGCGGCGGAAGCAGGAGGCCCCAUUAGCUAACGUGGUGCUUCAGGUUAAGAACAGUUUCAGGUUGAGAACGGACCUCCGGAACAAAUUAAGUUCUUAACCAGGGGGACCACUGUACUUCCUUUGGAAGAUGAUAAUCAGGCAUCCGUACAACCUAACCAGUCCAACAAAGUUGAUGUUGAAGAGUCAUUGCUUCAACACUGGUGAUCUUUGCUUCUUCCAGUACACUGAUAUUAGUUCGCCUGUCUUCCCAAGUGAUGUCAAGGAUGGACCAGCCUUCGAACCUGUUUUGAAUGCAUAAAAGCGGCUUUGCUACCAGUGACUGCACCUCUGAGUUCUUUGCCGCCAAGUCAGUGCAGGCUUCCAUCAGGCUCCCACCUUGGUUGCCCUGGCUGAUGACAUUUGUCAAGAGAGAGAAGCGAGGGGUGUGUGACUGUGCGCCUUCUCAGCGACUUCCUGUACGUUUGGCCACAGUUAUCCUCCUGGAGAGGCCCUGGGAGGUGGGGGUUAGGGGCCACCGUACUUCAGUGGUUCUGCUCCUACCUCCAGGUCCCGUUCAUCACCAUGGGAGCUUCCUUGUGGUGUUCCACAGGGGUCCAUCAUAUCCCUCAUGAUGCUUAACCUCUCUCUGAAGCCUUUGGGAACUGUCGUUGGGAGAUUUGGAGCAAAGGGUCACUGACACCCAGCUCUAUCUCUCUCUGUUCCAUAUGAAUUGGGAGAGGCUUCCACAGCGGCAAGAGUCUUGUUAGCACAAGGAUGGAAGAAUGAGGAAACCCCAAUGAAAGAACAGUGGCAAGAAAAACUGACGAGCUACGCGGAACUGGCUAAAUGGACAUAUAAGCUGCGUGACAAGGACAACCGUCACUUCAAGGAAGAAUGGGAACUUUUUACCAAUUACCUAAAAAGACAACAAAAUGAUCGGGACUCCUUGGUAGGUUUUGAAUAAACAUCUGCAAAUUUAUUAGUUGAACACAUGAUAGAUAAGGCAAGGAUAUGUACAAUUUUAUAACAUGCAGAGAACAAUAUGCACAAAGAAAUCCGAGAGGGGAGCUGAGGGAAGUCCUUGGUGGUGGGGAGUGGGAGGGAUGGGGGGAAGGGGGAAAACAAUGUAAUUGAUUAUUUGGAUUGAUAAUUUGUUAUGUUGAAAUUGUUCAAUAAAAAUAUUUUUUAAAUAUUUAAUAUUUUAUUGUUGUUAGCCGCUCUGAGCCUGGCUUCGGCUGGGGAGGGUGGGAUAUAAAUAAAAUUUUAUUUUUAUUAUUAUUAUUUUAAAAAAUGAAUUGGGAGAGGCAGUUGACUUGCUAGUUAUAGAGUCCGGGAGAUGGGAAGAUGGCCUUUGUGGGAAGACCUUCUGCUGCCCUGGAGGGAGCAAGCCUGCAGCUUGGGUACAUUAACUCUGACUGGCAGCCUUGGUGGUGAGGACUGUCUAUUUCCAGCUACAUCUGGUUUGCCAGCUUACAGCCCCAUUUGAACACACAUGGUUUGGCCACAGUAUCCCACGCACCGGCUGGAUUACCGCAAUGUCUUCUGCGUGGGUCUGCCCCUGAAGACAGUUCAGAAGCUUCAGCUGGUCUAAAUGCACUGGCCAGAUCACCGGCUGGGGUUUUGGAUGCAUUAAAACAACUGUGCUGGCUGCCAGUUCAUCUCUGGGCCCAGUUCAAGGCGCUCACAUUAUUUGUAUUUGUUUAAAAAACAAUUUUUAAAAUUGGUCGUUGUUUUUUUAAAUCAAAAGACUUAGGCCUCAACUAUCUGGUGAUGUGGGAGAAUGCCUCCUUCCCUACAGGCUCUCUCAGGUCUUAAGAUAGCAAAAGGGUGCCUUCUUGGUGAGCUCAGGGGCGUGUGUGGCUGGAUGAGGGCAUUUUCUCCAGCAGCCUCAUCUAAGCUGUGAAAUGACAUCUCCAAAGAGGGGCGUUUGGCACCUCAUCAUCCUGGCCUUUGACACGGCUGAUUGCAUUUGGACCCACCCUGUUCUCUUGCAACUGCGAUUUGUUUUGGUUCCUUAAUCAAUUUUUUAUUAAAAGCUUUCGACAUAAAAUACAAUAAAAGCCAAACUAAUCUGGGGGGCGGGGCAGGUAAGCCCCGCCCUGCAUAACUGAUCGCAAGACAAAGCACACCCCCCCCCAUUUGAACGGCAAUGCUUGGGGGAGUUCCCCCCUCAAAUAUUUUAUGGGGGGUGCAGGAGUGCCAGCUUGGUGCCAUGGCCAUGGGUGCCCGGGGGCGUGGGUGCCAUGCAGGGUGCAUGGCCCUGGCACUGAAAUUUGUGGGUGCCCGACCCCUUCAUGGGGAAUUUUGUGGUUGCUCGGGCACACAGGUUCCCAGGGAGUUGGCACCUAUGGGGGAGGACGAAGGGAGUUGGCUCUAUAAACCGAUACACCCCGACUACUAAUAAAUACGUAUCUGUUUGUGGGAGGCAAUGACAAACCUAGACAGCAUCUUAAAAAGCAGAGACAUCACCUUGCCGACAAAGGUCCGUAUAGUUAAAGCUAUGGUUUACCCAGUAGUGAUGUACGGAAGUGAGAGCUGGACCAUAAAGAAGGAGAAUUGAUGCUUUUGAAUUAUGGUGCUGGAGGAGACUCUUGAGAGUCCCAUGGACUGCAAGAAGAACAAACCUAUCCAUUCUUAAGGAAAUCAGCCCUGAAUGCUCACUGGAAGGACAGAUCCUGAAGCUGAGGCUUCAAUACUUUGGCCACCUCAUGAGAAGAGAAGACUCCCUGGAAAAGAUCCUGAUGUUGGGAAAGAUGGAGGGCACAAGGAGAAGGGGACGACAGAGGACGAGAUGGUUGGAUAGUGUUCUCGAAGCGACCAGCAUGAGUUGGACCAAACUGCGGGAGGCAGUGGAAGACAGGAGUGCCUGGCGAGCUCUGGUCCAUGGGGUCACAAAGAGUCGGACACGACUAAACGACAACAUUUGUCUGUCUGUGGGGGGGGGGGGGGAGCUUUGCCAAGUGGUCACACGCCGCUGAACCUGGUUAAGAGCGCUCUUUCUGGUUCGCUUAAACGAAAGCGCAAUGCCAACCGAGCUCUACUCCGAGGAGACCCGUGGAAGUGAGUGAGCCUGAGCGAGCCCCGGGUCUCCGGACUGCCACAGGCAGGCGCCGACGAGAUCCAACCCCUGCUAGGACCUGCGGGGAUCCGCCUUCCCGGGGGCGGGGAGCCGCCAGGCGCAGCAGCUACAAAGGCAGCGGCCGCGAUGGGGCUCCGAAGGCAGAGAAAGGGACCGGGAAGCGGCUGCGGGGGAGUCUCUGGCACCAGGUGAGGACCCCCGGGGAGAAGCGUGGGGAGGGGGCGCCUUCCCCAACACCCCCCACGCCCCACCGCCGUCCAGGCUUUGUACGCAACUUGCAAAGGGCAGGCGAGAGAGGAAGGAGCCCGUUGGAACUAAGUUCGGGUGCAGGUGGGGAAAAGGAGACGAGGGUGCCCCUGAGCACAUGCAGAGUGCAUUUGCCGUCGCUCUAGCUAGUGGGAGCGGGGCUUUCUUUUUUGACUAGCUGCUCCUUCCAAACUAGAGUCUUUGUCUCUCUCUAUCUCUUUUUCUCGGGGUGUCUUAAAAGAGAGGAUUUUUGGCCGGGGUGGUUUUGGUCCCUUCAUCCCUAGCCCGGCUCCUGCAGCCUCCCUUCGUAUCUCCUCCGCACGUUACUGCUCCCCUGGCAGAUCGAUAUCUCCGCAUCACCCGGAAGGUGCCAAGUCAGCCGGUUGUUAUUCCGCCAGCUCGACAUAACUCUGCGGAGGGCAUGUGCGCCUCGUGCCCGCUGCAAACCGGGCUUACGUCGUCGGGACCUUUCUACAGAGUUGGCACCCUGCUCUCGGUGACUCUUUAAGCGCGACAAACCCGACAGGCCGAAGCUCAAAAGGUGUGGCUUUGCUCCCUCCCUCGUGCCUUUAUAUCACACCUCCCAGGAGCUCAAGGUCGAAUGCAGGGCUCUCUUAAAAAAAUAAAAAUAAAAUAAAAUUCCACAACAACCCUGUGAGGUAGGCUAGGCUGAGCGGCGGUAACUGACCUGAGCUUCAUUGACAGCUUGAUGUGAAUUGCGUUGGUUGUAGAUUUGUUUUGCUUUAUUAGUUGUUCUGCAAUUAGUUGUUCUGCCAGUGCACUGGCACUGCCUGCAGGGCAUACAGUGCAACAAUGAGAGAUAUAUAGCUGGGCGUUUGUGGUACAAAAAGCUAUGGGGUGUCUUCAGGAUGUUGCAAAAUAUGGACUGCUUGGUAGCGAAGCAACAGGACCGCCUCCAAACAUUUGCAGGUGCAACUGAGCACUGAAAGCGGCAUUGUGUACGACUGCCCAGGCAGCAUCCUGAACCCAAAUCAUCGUGAAUGCGUGAUAUAAAGGACACCUGGAAGAAGGGGUCCCUUUGCAAAGCGGAGCUUGCUGGAAACGUGUGCCUUCCUCUCAGGUAUGUUUGGAGCUGCUUAGGAUGCAAAUAGGCUCAAAGUAUUGUGGUCACUUAAGUAUUGUGGGCUGCCUUGCAUGUGAGCCCCAGAAAGCUCUGUGACUGACCAUUGGCAGCUUGACGUGAAUCGCUCUACGAAAAACGCUCGAAUCAGUUCCAUCUCUUCACAUGUUCUGCGCACUGAGCCCUUUGAAGCUGGAGCUCAGUGUGCCUGGUUUCUCCUGCAAGGGAAUUGUGGUUCAACAGCAGCAAAGGCAGACAGAUAAUUCUGUGUUCUCCUGUCAAGGGCAGAAGGUAUGAUAUACUGGAACAGCCAGGAUGCCUGGGUUCUUUGUGGUUGCUGUCUCUAACCCCACCCGCCACUCUAAUCAGAGCACCUUUAGGUUGCAGGCGUUGCUCCCAAACAUUCAGAGUGGUUUCAUAGCAAGAUUAUUAUUAUUAUUUUACUGAGCUCGUAAAGUGGAAAAUAUGUUUCGGGGAUGGCAACUUCCUUCCAGUUGUGUGGUUUUCUGUGUGUGGAAUGGUUGGCAGUGCAGGGUGAGGGAAAUGCCAUUCCUAGUUUGGGGAGGAUUCCCUUGGAGGAAAUGAGAGGCACUCCUUGAAUUUCAGGUCGUCACUUUUAUUGGUUACUGUGUUGGAGCCAGUAAGCCAGAGAAAGAACUGCAGGAUGGUAUUGUGAAGUCUGGAGUAAAAUGCCUUGUCUUGCUGGAGCCGCUCUGUUCCGUGAACAGUUGCUUGCUUUGGAGCAAUGGGAUGAAUCUAGGAGAAGUGGGGUUUCUUUUUUCACAGUGUCCCAGUUGCAGUGAGAGGGAAAACCGUACCUGUUGGGUUUCUGCCUGUUUUGCAGGGUUUUUUUUUUAAUUAAAAAAAGCACAGGAAUUUUACCACGAGAGAAAAGCUGGCAACUUUACACAUCCUAAAAGAUUACUGCAAUGCGUUAUACGUAGGGCUGCCUCAGAAUACUGUUCAGAAGCUUCAGCUAGGUGCAGAAUUCAGCAGCCAGGUUGCUCACUGGAGCAAGAGGGUUUGAGCAUAUUACACCGAUCCUGGUCCAACUGCACUGGCUGCCAAUUAGUUUCUGGGCCCAAUUUAAAGUGCUGGUUUUGUCCUAUACAGCCUUAAACGGCUCAGGACCACAAUACCUCAAGAACCGCCUCUUUCCAUAUGAACCUACCCGGACCCUCAGAUAGUCUUCUGAGGUCCUUCUUCGUAUGCCUCCUCCUCGAGAGGUGCGGAGGGUGGCAACAGGAGAACGGGGCCUUCUCUGCAGUGGCUCCACAUCUGUGGAAUGCUGGCACCUUCAUUAAACACCUUUAGGUGCCAGGCAAAAACGUUCCUUUUUAACCAGGCUUUUGGUUGAUUUGAUGGACAUCCUAUGCCCUUUUAAGAUGUGUUGGGGAGGGGUUAUUGGGUUGUUGUUUUUAUUUGUUGAUGUCUUUUGUGGUUUUAGAUUUUGAUUUUAUCCUGUGAACCUGCAGGUAUAGGGCAGUAUAUGAUGAUGAUGGUAGUAGUGAUGGAGCAACUUGUGGCAAGUGAGAGAGGAGGAGUGUUUGGAAGACACGCAUUUGUUGCUUCACAUGUUCAGAGAUGGUCAGGUGGCCCCGAGAACAGGUUCUGGGACUACCGCAAACCCUGGCUCAAAUGAAGUUGUUGGAGGAGGCUGUCUCAUACUGAACCCUUGGUCUGAUUGAGAGCUGGUGGUGUGCGGACUCCCUCUAGCAAUUGCUGACUUUGACCCAUGCCUCGUUUUCACUGAGGCUGGAUCCUUUCUCCCUGACAUACGAAAUUUCUGGGUGCAGGGAAUGGUGUGGAGAGGAGCAUUGGGCUGUUGCCGAUUUGGCUCAGUCAUUAGAAGAUUAGACUCUUGAUCGCAGGGUGGUGUGUUUGAGCCCCACUUUGGGCAAAAGGGUCCUGCGUUGCGGGGGGUUGGACUAGAUGACCCCCGUGGUCCCUUCCAACUUGACGACUCUAAAUCUCAGCACCACCACCACCCUCCUGGCCUUAACACACACAUUCAGCACCUGCAGUUUGAAGUGGAGCAGCAGAGAUGAAGGUUUUCCCCUUCGGAGGAGAACUAGGCCUUUAAAAAAAAUCUUUCCCCUGCUGCUUAACUGUGAAAAGAUCCAGGAAUCCCUGCUGGAGCUGUGAGUUGCCUGGAAAAGAUGCCCUCGGAAGGGAAAAGCAGACUCUGCUUGUGCUCAGAGGCACUCUUGCUGCGGGGGACAGCUGUGACCCUGCAUUCGGCCUACUGACUCUGUCUUAAAUCUGACCCUUGUGGACUAUAGCCUCUCACACUUUAAAUUUCAUGCCUGGGCCCCCAAAUGCAUAGAUAUAGAUAUAGAUAUAGAUAUAGAUAUAGAUAUAGAUAUAGCAUGCAACCAGGUGCGUGGGAACUCCGUGUGAUGUUGAAACUAGGGCCCAGGGCUAAAUAGCCGCCUUUUCAUGGCUGCCCUUUUUCCCAUGGGUGUUACUGGCUUCCCAACCAGCACUUGUGGUCAAAUGUGGUUAUUAGGGCCGGGCAGAUCUGUCGGUUUUGGUUUCUCUCGCUGUGUCUCACUUUCCCAAUCUUUAUAUCCAGCUCUCUACCUCAUGAAGAAACAAGUCCCUCAUGAAAGUGGAUCGGCGCUUUGGUUUGAAUUCCUCCUAAUAUAACGGUACACAUUGAAUCACUCCCAAAUAGAAACACUUUUGCAAAGCACGUUUCCCCUAAUGUGUGCUGUUUGUGUGUGCUGUUUUCACUGAAAUACGCUUUUUUAAAAAAAAAACAAAAACCGUUUAGUACCCGCCUUUUGUGCACAUUACUCGACUGGAGAACCUCAUUGCAAAGGGCGAAUUUUGACGGCUGCGUGUGUUUUGGUUGGCACAUUGUUUCGGAAAGUGUGAGUUUAAAUGUGAACUGGAUCUAAUUUCUCCCCCAUGCUUAGCGGUUACUCCAUGCAAACUGUUUUUUCUUGUAACCAACUUGCACCCAUUAGCCCCAUUUUCUGCUGAUUCCUUGGGCUAAAGUCUAAGCAAUUUCCACCCUCCCUUUCCCACAGGUGGGCGGGGUUUGCGGCCGAGCAGGGCUCACCUGGGCAGGUGCCACUCACCUGCUUGGGCCGGCCUUUGACCCGCCCUCGGCCAGGGAGGACAACGGCCGGCCGGCCAGGGGUGGGCCUAAGGCCAAAAGAAAACAGGCUGACUCCGUUGUUGAAGCCUCUUUUGCUGUUCUUACUUUCAGGAUCACCAACCUACCCUCCCUCAAAUUAAUAAUUUCUUGCCUUCAUAAUUUCAUCCUAGGCCAGCGGUCUUCAAGUUAAUGAUUAUUUUCCUUACAGGCUAAUAUUUUGCAUUCCACGUCAGCGGGCGCUGCUGCGGUCGUAAGAUGGCUGCUGUAUUCAGAAUCGGGAAGGAAUUUUCCUUGCAUUGGCAGGUUUCACCUUCCCUGUAGCAUUUUGUCACAACUUUGGCAGUUUUCGACCUUGGCAAGGUAUCCUUUAGUCUAACAUCAAGUUGUGGGGGGGAUGCAUCCAUGCUCCCUCCCAAUGCGGCGGCGCUUGCAGGGCCCGUUAAAGGUUAAAAACCGGGAGUCCCUGGCCCAUGUAGGUCAAACUCCCGGGACGAGGUCGGUGGAAGGGCAUGCUGUGUAAGUUUGCGCUUUACAGUCCCCUCUCACUGGACGUCAUCUGCCUGCAUAUCCUCAGCCAGGCUGGCUGAGAGGGUUAUUUGCCAAGGCCUGUGCCAAGUUUCCCGCUUCUGAAGCUCAAUAAAGUUGUGGCCAAUUUGAACCCAUAAUCUGGCCUCUUGUUUCAUCAUUUGGGGUAAAGGGGUAGGCACCACAGACAGGGUUUAGCGUGUGUGCCCGCAAAUGCAGCAAUAACCCUUUAGGGCUCUGCUGUUGCCAGUUUAAGUUCAGCUUUGCUUGCUGCUGGCGUGCCAGUUCUUCAGGAAAGGAGCUCUUCUUUGAUCUGGAGAGGAUUUCGCAGCCAGCUGCUCUUCCUAUCGCUUGGUGGGGUCAAGGGCUUUGUGUGUGUGGAUUUCCUUCCUGCCAAGGCCCCAGGGUGGGAAUUGUGGAGCUGAGAGAGCUUCAGCUGGUGCCCAGUGCUGCCACAGAUUCUGAAUUGUGUUUCAAGCUGCAUGCAGACCACACACUGAAAGCAUGUCCCCGCCAUGACUCCUGGGAACUAUAGUUUAAGGGUGCUGGGAAUUGUAGUUUUCUGAGAGGUAAACAUCAGUUCCCAUGGUUUUUUUAAAAGGGAGGGAAUGUGCUUUAAAUCUGCUGGGAAGUAUAGCUCUAGGAAGGCUAAACUAAAGUUGCCAGGAUACAUUGGAGGCAGAAAAGGUGCUUUAAAUUCAUAGUGCAUAUGCAGCCUAAUGCAGGAAUGGGCAGAAGGUACAUUAGGAUCUACUCGUAAAUCUUUGGGUGGUUUUUUUAUUGGAUCACCAAGGAUUUCUGGUACGGUUCGAAUCAGAAAUAACAUAGUUCCUCACACCCUGUCCUUAAUGCUGGUGCAAUUGUUUUACUUGUUUCUGUAGUCGUAUAAACUGGUUUUUCUUGUUUUUAGUUUUUUUAAUUAAAUUGUUAUAUGCAUUAGUACAAAUUUAGAUUACUGCAGAAAUCUGAUAAAAACAAGUUUGCCUCACGGUCUCUUAUUUAUACCACUUAUGUAAAUAUUUAUGUGACUUAUGUAGCUUAAAGUUCAUUUCCAGGUGAAGGAAAUGCCAAAAACAAUGUUUUAUUAAAAGUCACUACUUACAUGCAGUUUACAGACUUAAAAACAAUUGCAUCCACUUGACUGAUUUCCAUUCCUGACCACAGGCGAACAUACAGACUGCAGCAAUUUCCUCUUCCUUUUCCGUUCUUAUCAUAAUUCUCAGCCUGUCAGCUAGAUGCCUAGCCUAGUAGCACAAAGAAGGAGAGGGAGCUGAUCCUUGUCUCCUUUUCUUUCUCCUAUUCCAGGGGUGGCCAGCUCCCAAGAGACUGCGAUCUACUCACAGAGCUAAAAACUGGCAGUGAUCUAUCCCCUUUUGGUUGGUUCAGGUCAAAGUUGUUGAGCUUUUUUAGGGGAGCCAAAGUUGCUGAGCUUCUUUGGGGGGAGGCAGUGAUCUACCAGUGAUCUACCACAGACGUCCAGCAAUCUACUGGUAGAUCACGAUCUACCUGUUGGACAUGCCUGUCCUAUUCCUUCAUCUCUUGUCUGUGGAGAAAACGAUCCCUGGAAGACUCCACCAGCUGCGUUUGUGUUUAUCUCUUUGGACUAUGCUCAGUAAACUAGCUGUAUUAGUCUUGACUGGGGUAGCCAACGCUGGUGGCCUCCCCGAUAUUAUUGGACUACAACUCCCAUCUGCGUUAGCCAGCAUGACCGAUGGUCAGGGUUGGUGGGAGUUGUAGUCCCACAUCACACAGAGAGUGCCACGUUGGCUGUCCAUAGGCUCCGUACACAAUAUUCAUUCAUUCUUUCAUUGCAUUUAUAUCCUGCUUUUUUCUCCAAGGAACCUAGGGUGGCUCACACAGUUAACACGCAGGGAGGGGCUCUAUACUCAACCUGCUCCUUAUGGGAGGUGGGGCCAGGCCAGCUAGGAAGGUGUGUGAUAUUUCCAGGGUCACAGAAAUUGCUGCAGCCUCUUUUGCAACCUCAUUGCCAGCCAGUCCCUUCCGCAAAAUAAUCUAGUAACUGAAGCAGGUUGUUCUCUUAGGGGCUAGUUCAUCCUCUUUUGCAUAACAGGAAGGAAGCCACUUAUUAUCUCAGCAAGGAUGUGCUGACCUGGGCCUAGCAUCCAAGAUACGUGACUUCCUGUCAUGCAAAGCAAGGAGGUAAAUCUGGAUGUAAUGGGGGACAAAGAUGGACUGGCAUUUGAUGGGGAGGAAAGAUGGGCUGGCAACUCAAAAUAUGGGAUGCCGAUGACUUGGCACAGAUGCCACAGGAAAGCUGCACACGUGAGGCCGUGCUGAUCCCACAAUAAACACCUGUCCCCCCCCCCAACCAACCCCCAAUUUGUGCUUUCUUUCUCACGGGUUGUAUGACUGGUUUAUCCUUCCUGCGGCAUGGAGAAGUCCGUGAAGGAUGUAAUUCGGCUAACGCAGCUUCUGUUUUAAAUCAGCCUCCCACCCCUUUUGUUUCUAGGCAGUGUGCAGCCUUCCUGGAUUAACGUUGGCUGGGGGACGUGUGACACUUCUCUCUCUCGUUUGUUGACACUUUGAACAUCUGCAUCCGAAAAAGGGCUCUGCGUCACUUAAAAAGUGGCAUAAAGCAUUUGGAAGAUGCCUUGAUGUGGGAUCAGGCUAUGAACCUCCCUUAGCUCAGUGCUGUCUGCUGGGGUUGCCCAAAUUCCUUUAAAAACAAACCAAAAACCUAGGGUAGCUGAGGAACUGAAGGGUUUUGCUUUCCCCUCCCUCCAUAUCUGUGCAGUAAAGCUGAGGGGGAGGAGCCUGAGGCCUGUGAGGACCUCCAGGCUUCUGUAUCUGGCCUGGGGGGCUCUCUCCAGGUCUCAUGCAGGCCACCCCCCCCCCGUAGCAACACUGCUCACUUCCAGGCCACAGCCCUGCAAACGUAAAAUCCAUCUUUGUUGCCCACCCAUUUUUGACUCUGGCUCUGUCUACCAACAGACAGUCAGAAUAAAAUCCGCCUGCCUGUUGUUGACAUUUGUCUAUCUCGAGAGACAGUGGAGUGCGCCUCCGGGGGUGAAGCCAAACUGCUGCAUUAGUAGUAGGGCCUUUUCAGUACUGGCCCCGACUUGGUGGAAUGCUCUGUCACAAGAGACUAGGGCCCUGCGGGACUUGACAUCUUUCCGCAGGGCCUGCAAGACAGAGCUGUUCCGCCUGGCCUUUGGUUUGGACUCAGUCUGACCCUUAUGUUUCCCUCCCCUUAUGGCCUUGAUUUAUCGGCUACUUUUAAAAUGAGGCUGCAUUUUAAAUUGCAUUUUAACCUGUAUUUUAAAUUGGUUUUUUCUUUUCCUUUUCCUUUCCCCCCUAUUAUGUUUUUUACUGUGAUUUUAUUGGUGCUUUUCUCACUUCUGCAGCACUGGGAUGUGGCAGGAACAGCAUCUUCCUGGGAAUUCUCCCUUUUAUCCAACCUGCUGGGAUUCUGCAGUGGCUUCUGUGCCUCCUCCACCGCUUGCCCUCCUCCUCUGCCCUCGUACAGAACAUGCUGAUCGCUCUCCCGAAGCUCUUGCAACCUUGAACACCCUCCUGCUGAGGUGGCACCGGUUCAAGGCAGAACAAAGCAAUAAAGCAACUUGCAGCCUUGAUCUUUUUACCUGGAGCAAAAGCCUCGGAAGGGCAACCUCCUCCUCCUCUUCUUCUGACUGCUUUAUUGGUGGCCUGCAAAGUUGUUUGUUUAUUUGCUAAGCAGGACUUUUAACUCUUGGCAUCCCUGCCACUGGCUGAGCCCUUUGCACUGGCAGCAUUUUUGACCUGGGUUCAGAAUCUUGUUCUUUCCCCUUGCAGGUCUUUCUCCCUCUUGCCCUGUGUCAGCUGGAAAUUCAGUAGGAUGCUGAAAGCCAUUCUCUGCCUCCUCCUGGAACACAGCAUUUAAAAAAAUAUAUGCUCCAGAGCUCAGAUCUAGGACUAAACCACAGAAAACCAGGCAGCACCCUUCCUCUCUCUAAGCAAGCUCAGACAACCCUGAACCUUCUCCUUACUCUCUUUUAAACUGCAAAAGCCUCAUUUCCUCCUAGGAAUCUUUCUUCUGAAUUCCCAUCUAGAGCUUAUAGGAACUGGGGGUCUGGGUCUCCCGCUGCCAAAACACUUGGGUUUCUGCUGCCUGGUGCAGAAAAGGCGUUGAGCUGAAUCAACGCUUGCGUAUUCUUAGUCUGCUGACUGCAUAAGUAAUAGCGACGCCUUUUCACAGCCAAGCUUCGUACACCUGACUUGAACAAGCGGAGGCAAGAUUUGAUGGGGUUACGUUGCCAAACUUGUGUUGCUGGUGUGUUUGCCCACAAUACAAAUAGCCUUGCUGAAACUCUUGGAAGCCGCUGUCUAAUUAUAGGCCAUGAAUCACCCGGUGUGUGUGAUGUAUUUCUUUUUAGAAGUCUAUUUUCUGCCUUUCAUUGUUUUGCCUCCAGUCUUCUGCUGCCUUUGAACGGCUCUGUGUACCGCAGCCAAAGUAAGUUGACUUUCGUGACUAAUUAAAGGGUCCUGCGAGCCCAAAGAGCCCAGUCGUGGAAGAGCCGCUCCUGUCGGAGGUAGUGCAGUGGCCUCCAAAUUGGAUGGCUUCAAGAGAGGAUCGGACUAGCCAUAUUAAUUUGUAUGCUGCUGAGGGGUUUACACAAUUCAAAGUGUUGGUGCUGACCUUUGAAGCCCUAAACGGCCUCUGCCCAGUAUACCUGAAGAAGCGUUUCCACCCCCAUCAUUCAGCCCAGACACUGAGGUCCUCCUCCAAGGGUCUUCUGCUGGUUCCCUCACUGUGAGAAGCAAAGUUACAGGGAACCAGGAAGAGGGCCUUCUCGGUAGUGGCACCCGCCCUGUGGAACGCCCUCCCACCAGAUGUCAAGGAAAUAAACAACUACCGGUAUACUGACUUUUAGAAGACAUCUGAAGGCAGCCCUGUUUAGGGAAGUUUUUAGCGUUUGAUGUUUUAUCAAGUUUUUAAUAUUCUGUUGGGAGCUGCCCAGAGUGGCUGGGGUAUAAAUAAUAAAUAAUAAUAAUAAUAAUAAUAAUAAUAAUAAUAAUAAUAAUAUAUUACAAAACAAACAGACAAAGGAAAAACAAUGCUGACAUAAAAACUCUGCUCAUAUACUAAGCAAAAGAAUGGAAGAUCUCCCCGAGAUCUCACAAUGUCUGUGUCUCACACCUGUAGAAAGGACUCUGUGAAUUGAAAACAGAGAUGUUUUAUGUUUCCUUAACUAUAAACAUCCUUUAAUUAAAACUUUUAUUUUUUUAAUUGACAGAUUCAUAGACGCUGAGGCUAUGAAUGGCUUCUAGUGAUGAUGGCUAGGUUGUUCCUCCGGCCUCUUGAGGCAGUAUUCCUCUGAAAACCAGCUGUUGGGAAUCACAAGGGCAGAAAGAGUGCUGGAGGUACGCAGGGCGGUAUAUAAUGAAACAGUUCUGCUAGUGCACAGAUUUCCAUUUGUGCAACAGAACUUGCACUGCAGAACUUCCCCUCUCUCUCCACGCAGCCUCCAAAUCUGCUCUGGAGGGUCGGGGGGAAGACCCAGAACAGAUUUAGGCAGCACAUGGGGAGAAGGAAGGGAAGUUCUGUUGCACAGCCAAAAGUCAGUGUGCGAACAGAACUACUUUGGGGGACACUGCCCUCAGACCAGGGCCAGCACAAGACAUUUUGGCACCUGAAGCGAACCACAAAAUGCUGCCCAUCCCCCAUUGGUCAGGGAAGAAGGGGUGAGGGAAGGUCUACAAUAGGGGGCUAAAGAUCUGCAUCAGGAACAAGGGUGGGAGGAGACAAGCAGCACCUUCUAUUCACCAAGAGGUCUCUGUAAGGGGUGGUGUGGAGGAUACCAAAGAGGCGGCAGAUCUGGCCUCCAAGGAGCUUGCUGCAGAUGUUGCUGCCAUUGUGUUGGUGGCGGCAGCAGGUGAUGCAUUCCUCGGCGCCUGGAUUUGCUGACCCUGUGGAUCCUGCUGCCCAAGGCAGACACCUCACCUUGCCUCAUGGCUGGGCCUGCCUGCCUCAGGCUCUGCUUGUGGGCUGUCCGUAGGCAUCUGAUUGGCCACUGUAAGAACAGAGCCCUGGCCUAGACGGGCCUUGAGUCUUCUCCAGUAGGACUCUUCUUGCAUUCUUUCCUGGUGCAACUCUGUUGUCCAACUCUGUUCUCUGGUCACGGAUCCUUCCAGUCGGCCAAUGAUAGCUCAGGGGCAGAACAGAGGAUUUGCAUCAGAAGGCCGCAGGUUCAAAUCUCCUUAAAGCAGCAAACGGCCAGGGUUUGCUGCUCUUCACAAGCUGCAACAUCCUCUAGGCAACCCUCUAGGAUACAGAAUCAUAGAUACAUUAAAGGCAGUCUUCUCAAAGGGCAAGUUACUCUUGAAUGCUCUCAAGACGGACUUUUGUCAAGCGUAGGCACCAAGCGUGCUUCUGGUUUCAAUUAUGAAAGAAGCAAUCAGUCAGAAAUGUGGGAAACAUGACAGCAGAAUGUAGGGCUAGGUCCAUCUGAUGAUGGUUAUGGCAGGGAUAAGAGCGUCUGGGCAGAGAUGGAUCUUUCCAAGUGCCAGUAAGCAUUUUGGGUGGUCUUGGCAGCACACCCACUACCUGUGGAUUGUGGCGCUGCCACCUUUUCCAGAGUCUGACAUGGAUAAAGCUUUUCUCAGCAUGAAGGAGGGGGGCGGGCUAUGUUUGGGCUUUCUCAUUAUUUAACAGUUCCCUUACUCAAUAGUUAUUGUUGCCUAUUCCACCAGCUUCCUUCAGCUGUCCUGCUUGGCUUCCUCCUUGGACCUUUUCUCACCCAACCUUUCAACUGCCACUCUUUGUGCUGCACGUCUGUGGAAGGUUCUCAUCCCAGCCAAACUCGCGUUAGCCUCUUCCUUUGGCAAAACUGGACCGCGGGCAUUCCGUGCCUCGUUGCUCUCUGAGCUGCUGGUUCCAAGUUUUCCUGUUGGCCAGGCAAGCUGACAAUAUUUCAUUUGUUCUGCAGAUCUGGACUGUGUACAUUCUGUGCCUCGUUGCUCUCUGACCUGCUGGCUUGUUGCUGAGGUCACAUCUUAUCAGCCAGUCUGUGUCCUGUGACCAUUGGGCCAAUCCUUUUGUGAUGUCCCUCAGCGCCAGCCCUUCUGUUGCCUCCUCCUCCUCUUCCUCCACUUUAUAUCGUAUCUCUUUCCCACCCACCAUUAUCUUUCCAAAUUAUGCCAAAAAUCCAUCCGUUCCCUUACCUCCUAUCAAGAGACAGCUAACUCAUUCCUCCUUCCUUGUGUCUUUUCUCGUCCCUUGACUACUUUGGUCACAUGAUAUUUUCUCUGAGCACACCUGCAUGUCUCUGGGUCAAUGGUGUCAUUAUUUUUUAUUAUUUUUUUGGGGGGGGGGGACUCAGCUCAGCCCUCCAGGAAAAAAAGAAGAAUGCUCAGCUGUUAUGAGAGGAGGGUGCACUUAUGAAUGAACAGCUGUGUAGAAACAUGAAAGGAAAGGAGAUAAGAACCUAUUCUGCGCAGGUUGCCUGCUCUUUCAGGGCUCUUAAUUGGUUAAUGGAACUGGAUUGCAGAAGUUCUGGCGUUGGCGGUGACCUCAGGAUUGGGUUACAGCAAUGCACUCUGGGUGCAGCUACCCUUGCGCUUGAUAAGGAAGCUGCAGUUAUGGAAGAAUGCUGAGAGAGACACGAUCACUGGCAGGAGUGGGACUCAGUCAGCUGUAUGACUCCUUUGUGUAGAAAUCGACACUAGUUGCCCAUUGGCUAAUGGGCAAAGUUCAAGGAGUUAUCAUUAGUUUAUAAUGCCCUUAACACAGAGGUUUUCAACCUUUUUGAGUCCAUGACUCGGCUCCCUUGACCAACUACGUUCUUUUUGCGGCACCCCUGUGGGGCUCAGGAGCCCAGUUAUGUCAGUUAUAUGGUGUAAACCACCGAGCCUCUUGGGCUUGCCAGUCGGAAGGUCAGCAGUUCAAAAUUCAAAAUAUAUCUUCAAAAGUACUGCAAUAUAAAAGAAUGUUAGAAAGAGGUUGGAAAAAGAAUACUAGGUCGUUCUGGUAGAUAUGAUAUAAUGGACUAAGCAAAAAUGAGUUGAUGAAAUUGAUGAAUUAGAGGAGGUUUAAUCACAUUACUUUAAUUUUAAAAUACGUAAAUGAAAAUAAGGUUAGAAGGAUUUGCUGGAAACACGAUCUGAACUAGAAUACAAAACUGGGAGGUGAGAGGAGGUCAUGGAAAUAAGUAAAGGGAAAAGGCUAUGUAAAGGUUUAAUCUGUUUUUGUUUUAUUUUAACUCAAUGUAUUUUUAUAUUUUUUGUUAAGUCUUCAUUUUUAUUGUAUCUUAUUGUUCUUUUUUACUUGUUUAUUUCUUACUUUGUUAUGGUUAAAGAUUUCUUUGUAUUUUGUACGGUUUUUCUUUUUCUUUUUUGUAACUUUAAAUCUGGAAUAAAUAUUAUUAAAAAAAAAAAAAGGAAGGUCAGCAGUUCGAAUCCCUGUGACGGAGUGAGCUCCCAUUGCUCUGUCCCAGCUCCUGCCAACCUAGCAGUUCAAAAGCAUACCAGUGGACGUAGAUAAAUAGGUACCGUUGUGGUGGGAAGGUAAACAGUGUUUCCGUGCGCUCUGGUUUCCGUCACGGUGUCCCGUUGUGCCAGAAGUGGUUUAGUUAUGCUGGCCACAUGACCUGAAAAGCUGUCUGUGGACAAAUGCCGGCUCCCUCAGCCUGAAAGCGAGAUGAGCGCCACCCCCCAUAGUUGCCUUUGACUGGACUUAACCGUCCAGGGGUCCUUUACCUUUUACCCCUUGCCAGCAUGCCUCUCACCCUUUUUCAAACACCCUUCCUUGUGGAGUGUCUCCUCAGCCUCCUCUCCCCUCUCCUUGGGAGUCCUCUAGGCAGCCACACAUGCCGCCUCUGGUCUCUGAGCCCUGCCCACCUGCCCCAAAGAUUGGUGCCUCCUCACACUGCCCCACAGGGGCCUGGGAAGCACCCCCUGGCCAGCCACAGAGGCACAAUUCGCCUGUGGAGCUUGUAGCCAGGGCUACUGCAAUAAACAACUGUGCAAGUCUUUGGGAGGCAGACACAUGAGAGGGCAUCAGAGGCCAGUGUUGCCUGCGGCACCAUCAUUCAAAGCACCCCAGGGUGCCACGGCACACAGGUUGAAAACAACUGCCUUUACACCUUGAGACCAGUUUGCCUGCAGGCCUGCCUUACCCCAUAAUGUGUCCGUUUGACCUUUUCCCUUCACAGAACUGGCAGUGUUGCAGCCGUUGCUUCUUAAUACUCGUUCUGCAUCUGUUAGUAAUCAGUCUUUUAGUGUGGCAGCUCCUCCACCUUGGAACUCCCUGCCUCUUGACACCAAGCAGGUCCCUUUGCUGUACUCUUUGCUGUGGGACCUGCUUAAAACAUUUCUGUUUAAGCGCGCUUGUACAAAAAGCUGCUGUUGACAUUCUUUAGAAUGUCUUAAUUUUUAACUCUUUUUUAAAUGAGGGUUUGAAUGUUUUAAUGUUUUGCAAACCACUUAAGCACUUUCUUACAACCAAGCAAUGUAUACAUUUUGUAAAUAAAAACUUCGUAUUUUUAGGGUCCAUCUAGCUCAUUAUUGCCUGACUUGUCAGUGGGUCUCUCUUGCCCGACCUGAAGAUGCUGGGAAUUGAAACUAGAAUCUUCCGCCUGUGAAGGACGAGUUGCUCAGAUGGAUCGCCUUUGCCAUUGUUUUGAUGCCGUGGGCGUUCAAACUUUGAAUGCCUUCGGAGAAAGCCUUUCUCCAUUAGCCUUCACCUCUGCCACAGAAUUCUUGCACGUUCUAAGGCACACACAGAAUACCUGCGGCACAUGACAGAAUACCCCUUUUCUUUUGGCCAUAUCUGCCACUUCUCUGAUAAUCCCUGAUAAGCUUCUGAAAAAGCCCAUGAGUUUUCUCCAAGACAUGCUUUGAAAACCUCAGCUUUUUAAUGGACAGGUUACUGAACAACAAAAUGCACUGAAAUUUAAUUGGGAUGGUCUCCGCUUUAGAUAUAUCUUAGUGAACUGCACAAGUUGUAGCCGUUUUCAAAGAUACCGUGUGAAUUUGCGUAAUAGGACAAAGCACUUAUUCUAAAGGAGCGGCUGGCGGGGGGGAGCAUACUUUGGUUGUAUUCAGCUAAGUGCCAUUCAUGAGUAACCUACUGGAAUAAAUGGGCAUAUGUUAGUUAUGCGUAUCAAUUUCAAUGCGUCUGUUCUGAGUCGAACAACUUCGGAUACACCCGUUUGCAUUUUGUAAGGCGGUGCACACAGAGGCAUAAUCUCAGAAAUGGUAUUCCCUGUUCUCUCUCUCUCUCUCUCUCUCUCACACACACACACACACACACACAGAUACACGGAAAUGUUUUUUUUCUGACGGAAUAUUGCUAUUUGCAGUUUGCAGAAGUUGGAAGGUGAGAACCCGUCUGUGGUCUGGUCUUCCAGAAGUUGUUGGACUUCCAACUCCCAUCAGUCCCAGCCAGCAGUACCAGUAGUCAAGGAAGAUGGGAACUGUAGUUCAACAGCACCUGGCCACAUCCUUGUCUCAAGCGCUCCAUACAUCAACAUAAAAGCUAAUCUGUUCACCGUUCAGUUGAGAGAUCCUUAUAUGCCGUCUGUUUUCAAUUGCUUGAUCAGUGAAUUGGGACAGCAGUUUCAAGGUUGCAUUUCUGAGAUUACCUGAGAAUUAGCAGGACUAACUUGAGUGCUGCAUAGUUUUUAUGUCUGAUGUUUUAUUAUGUUUUUAUACCUGUUGGAAGCCGCCCAGAGUGGCUGGGGCAACUCAGCCAAAUGGGCAGGGAACAAAUAAUAAUAACAAUCAUAAUAGCCACAAGAAUCCAAGUCCAUCACCAAUGUCCUUCGCUUUCUGAGCCUUUUUGAGCUCCUUCAGAAAAUGCUGUAACUUUUAGAGGAAGAAACAGUUCCCUGUUUUCUUUUCCCCGUUUCCAGUACUGUAUAGACUUCUAAAUAUGUCAGGCAUGUGGAAGGUUAGAAGGAGAAGAAAAGGGAAUUUAUUUGAGCAGCAGAUGAGGAUUGGUCAUGAUUAUGUGGUUUGUUUUUUUCCUAUAGAGAAGCGUUAUCUGUCAUUUUUAUUUCUGUACUUAGUGACAGCUUUGUUCGGGUGCUUUAUAGAGAUAGCAGAAAGCCAGAAAGACAGGUGUCUGCCCUGGAGCAAAUGUGGGCCAUGCAGAGUGUGGAUUGGAGAAAGAGAUAAGAGGUUUAAAGAUAAUCAAGCAAAGUAGGGGAGGAAAUCCUCUUAAGUAUUUAUAUGUGAACCUGCAAUCCUGUGUGUAUUUACAUGGAAAUAAGAAUCUCUGUUCAAUGGGAUCUACUCUCAAAGUCCGUGUACACAGCAUUGCAUUACUUGCAGGGGAUGAGAAUGUGGAGGCUGAUGCAGAGAAUGGCAACAUGUGCAAAUGGCUUUAGAUACCUAUUAAGUCCAUAAAUUACCAUAUAGCAGGCACCCCCAAACUUGGCCCUCCAGAUGUUUUGGGACUACAAUCCCCAUCAUCCCUGACCACUGGUCCUGUUAGCUAGGGAUGAUGGGAGCUGCAGUCCCAAAACAUCUGGAGGGCCGAGUUUGGGGAUGCCUGCCAUAUAGCAUAUAUUCAACACAAAAAACAGAGACUACCGUAUUUUUCGCUCCAUAAGAUGUACCUAGUUUUUAGAGGGGGAAUGCAAGAAAAAAAAUAUUCUUUAAAGGGAGCGCUGAGCAGAGCCUGUAUGCAUCCCAGUCUCUGCUCAGCGCUCCCUUUCACAAGCCACGUGGAGCGUGUUUGUGGCUCUUGGGGGCUUUUCCCUGAGGAGGGAGAAGGGGCUGCCCUCUGUCCCUUCCCCCACCUCCCGCAAAAGCUAGCAAGAGCCGCGCUCCCUUGUGGAGCGUGUGUGCAGUUCUUGGGGUCUUUUCCCUCCUGCCUCCUGCCUGCAUUCGCUCCAUAAGAAGCACACACAUUUCCCCUUACUUUUUAGGAGGGAAAAAGUGUGUCUUAUGGAGCGAAAAAUACGGUAUUUGUUGUUGACAAAGGACAGUUGGACAUAUAAAGGGCCCCAUUACCUUCAGUAGCUUAGGGCCUCAUCAAACCUAAAUCUGGCCUUGACUAUGGCAAUUACAUACUGCUGGACUAAUGAAUGUAUCCUAGUGGGAACAGAGCACAGGUAUAAUAAGCAUUAAUGCAACUGCUGGAGUCUCCCAUUAUUAUUUUUUUCUGACUGCAAAGGACCAGCACAGAGAUGGGCAAAGCAUCAGAUGGAUAAACGCAAAGGCCGCUAGGCCAACACCUUCGGUUAUGUCUUAGGUGGAAGUGGGAUUACUUCCCCCAGCAAUUUAAAAAAUCAUAAUCUGCAUCUGUGCACACAAAUGAGCAUAGGAAAUGUUGCAAAUAUCUUUCUCCUUUAGUCUUUGCUGUGCGUUCCCUCUUCUCCUUUUUGUGUGGCUAUAGUGGGCCCACUGCUUCUUCCUGAGAUGUGCACAGAGUUGUACAGUUGUGAUGUUGGCAAAUUCCUGAUCUCCUUUACCUUACUAGUAUCAGACUGCUAGCCUGGUUCCCUUUGCAAUGUGCCUUAACUGAAGAAGAGGUGUGUUAACAGGGAAAGCGAGGGUUUGGUGUUUGAGGGCCAUGUCUCCCUUGUUUUGAGCAUGAUUUGAAGGAACUGAGAGAGGUGGGGGGGAAGGAAUCCAGGUGUUCUGCAAAGGAGUCAUUUUUCUGGUAUGUUUGGAACAGUUCAUAGCAAUCAGGGGUGGGGUGGGAUUGGAGGAUAGAAUACUGUUUAUAUAUUUAAAAAUGAAAUGGAAUAGACACAAUACAUUACUGUACAGUAGUUUAUCCUUCUUAAUGAUGCUCUAACACAAAUGAAACAUAGUGGCAUUUUAUAAAAAUGAAUAUGAUGGGUGGAGUGCUCAAAUUUUAUAAUUAUUGCCAAAAUUUAAACCUAAAAUGAGAGGGAGAGGGUCAGGCUGGAAGCCACAGCUGGUGACCCCGGGAUCUCCACCCUUCCUUGUUUGCAGACCUAAGUGGUGUGAACGCCCCUAGUUUCUGAUCCAAAGCUGGACGCAACUGGUGUGAGAUAAUCUGUUUGUUCAGAUGCAUCCUUCAUUCCACUGUUUUCUUCAUUUAUCAUCAUUUGGUAGCUGAUGUGCAAUGUGUUGGUGUACAUACAGUUUAUGAUUUGAGACCUGGGCCAAAGAAGUGUCACUAAGCUGUUGUCCAUUUGUCAUGGCAAGAAUUGAGAAACUCCCUAACAGCGGCAGAGGAUUCUCGUAAAUAGAAGGGCAGCUGAAAAGAUUCCGGGAUCCUAUAGUGCAUAUGGUGCAAUUUAUGCAGGUUUCUGGAAGGUGGGGCUGCGGGGGGAGGGGGCUUCUAAGGAAUUUGGGGAGUGAUAGUGAGAAAGGAUUCAGUUUAUACAUUACUGAAGUGGACAACUUCACCAGAACAUCAGUAUCUUUUGAAAUAUCAAUACUGUACUUAAAUUUCAUCCAGCUCUACAAUUUUAUGAGUCUAUGUUUAAGGAAAUAGAGUCAUCCGUUACCCUAUAUAAAUAUGAUUUAAAAAACUUCAGAAAGAUGUGCUGUUCUGUGCAAAGUGAUCUCUUAUAGUGGAGACAUAGCAGGGUGGCAAAGGCUGGCAAAGAGACCCAUCCAAAAUGCUUCCAAGAUUGAGGAACCAGAGACGUCACAAUUUCUGAGGUAGCAGAAAGGGAGGCAAACGUUCACGCUACAGGUGGUGGAUUUGCUUUUGAAAGUCUCCCUGCUAGUGGGGAAAAUAAAAUCAAGUAACUAUAAGCUCCUGAGAGGGAGUCCAGCCCUAUUCCCUAUAUUUGCUAGUUUUUCUUUUACGAUUUCCUACCCUCUCCCCGCAUUUUAAAAAAAUGGCAUCUCCACCUGAGUUUGGAAGUAGCACAAUCCAUUCCGGUAAAUGUACAGACAAGGCCUCAAAUCUCUAUGGCAACGGGGCUGGCCUUUUCGAGGUGCCCAAAUACCCAUUGUCUUUCUGUUAAUUGGUAACUCUGGCUCUCCCGCUGAGGCGCUGAGAAUGUUUGACCAAGCAGGGGACGGCAUGAGGAAAGAGGCAGCCAUUGACAUGCCACCUCCUCUGGCUGAAGCCAGGAUGCCUCUGGGUUCCAGCUGCUUUGGGAUCGCAAGUGGGGAGAGGGGGCUGUUGCUCUCGGGCCCCCCUUGCCAAGCCUCCCACAGGCAUCAGGCUGGCCUGGGUGAGACCAGGAUGCUGGACCAGGCAGGGCCAGCCCACCCAUGAGGCAAGGUCCGGCGACUGCCUCAGGUGGCAAGAUCCACAGGGGCAGCAGAUCCAGCCCACGAGAAAGGCAUUGCCCGUGGCUGCCGCUUCCUUGGCAGCCUCCAUCCCAAUGCUACCUCUGCUGCAGCUGCUUGGUGAAUAGGGGCUGCCCUCUGGGGUCCCCUGGGCUCUGCCCCUGCCUGGCAUAAUUCAGAGCUGGCCCUGAUCCUUCCUCCACAUUGGUCUUUGAUUCCUUUUUUUUAAAUAUACCUUUUAUUUUUUACAUAUCAGUUCCAACAGUCUUACAACACAACUUCUCAUCUUAUACAAUAUUUUAGACUUCCGUCAACACCCCUGAUGAUUUUCCGUUCUUUAUCACUUAUUCUUCAUUUCUUAAUUUCUGUAUUACAUUUAAUUGUCCUUAACUAAUAAUUCUCUUCAUAGUCUUUCUUGCAGUAUUUCAAAUAAUCCACCUUACAAAACUUCUUGCAGUCCUACUAGUGUAAUCUGUUCAUCACAAUUACUUUUCAAAUAGUUCAUAUAUUUACUCCAGUCUUCUAAGAAUCUCUGAUCCCGCAGGUUUCUAAUCCUUCCUGUUAAUUUAUCUAAUUCAAUGGUGUUUGAUUCUUACGUGAACCUUCGGGUAAAGUUCCCGAUGUAGAUCUUCAUUGUCUCCUUGUUCCUGAUGUAGAUCUUCACUGCCCGCUUUUUCCUUGGCCUGAGGAGGACCAAGAGCCGUUUUUCGGUUUGCCUCAGCUGCUGAAAUAUCUCAGGCUGGAUCUUUGGCUCUUCUUACAUUGAUGUGCUUCUGUGUCGCCCAGGGCAUUUCCUCCAAGUUGCAGAUGUGCGAACCCACAGGCCCCGAAUCACUGUCGACCUCUGUUCUGUUCUGCACCCGCCGACCCCCCAUGUUCAAAGUUUAGCUCAAAACAUGGGCAGUUAAAUAUUUGAAGAGCAAUUCAGAGUCUCCAAAGGGGUCCGUAGCAAAACCUGUAUAGCUAGAACAAGGGCAGAACAUGUUUGCUCAAUGGGUUACCAGUUUACGUGGGCCGCUGCGACUGAAGUAAGCCGCUCACUUUCUUGGAACAUGAGCAGGCAGAUGCAGCCUAUUAAUCUCUCGUGUGCUAUUACAUUCAUUAUAUCGUUGCUGCAUUAACUAUGUUGUAAACUGAGCUGUGGCCUUUUGAUAAAGAGUGGCAUAUCCCAAAUAAAUCUACUGCUGCCAACCCACAGAUUUGGCUUAGGGGCAGAAGAUGUUUAGAGCACACGAAAAAAUGUGGCUGGGCCCAGCUACAGUGGCAAAGUAGGGAGUCACAAAAAAUCUAGAGGUGACAGACAGAUGGAUAGAUACAGGUUGAAUUGAUCUACUUUCCCCUCCUCUAACGUGCAUUUAGAGGUGGGGAAUAAAUAUUAUAAACCAUUGGUGGCAUUGCCCAUGGAUACAGGGGUAGGGCUUGCGUACUAAUGACUAAGGUGGAGCGAAAUGAUGUAACAGCCGACUUAACAGAAAUGAAACAAAUAAGUGUUCCCGUGAAUUGCUUGUUGACAGAAAUGUCCCAUUGUUCUGCAGUUCACAAGAAGGCACAACAUGUGCGUAAGGGAACAUAGGCUUUCUGCUGAAAAUCUAUUAUUAAAUAGUGGUGAUGCACGGGUGAUUUGUUUUCCACCUGGGUGUGAAGAGGAGAGAUUAUAUUAUCUAUUUGGAUUGAUUAUAGAGACAACUCUACAGAGCUCUGAGUAAUGCGCCUGAAUGCCAGUUUCUGGAAACAACAGAAGAGGAAAGUAUCCCUUGGUUCAUGUCCUGCUUGGUGAUUUCCCACAGACAUUUGGCUGAUCCCUGAAAGAACAGGCUGCUGGUCCAGAUAGGUCAUUGGCCUAGAGAGCAUUGUGACUAAGCAGUGUAUAAACCUUUCAAAAUGAGCAAAAUAAAGAUGCAACUGUCUCUUCAGGAAUAAAAACCAGCCCAAGAACCAAGAGGACUCUUUGCGUUACGACCAUUGUAUCAAUAUUGGCUUCUGAAAGGGGCCUUGUAUAGGACUUGGCAUCUAUUAGACAAUACACCAGUGUGUGAUAUCAGGCCUGUAGUUGCUUUUCACGAGAAUUAAAAAUGUAAAAGUUUAGUUACUACAUAGAAAUGCCUUGGUAAAAAUUAUUGCAAGAGCUGUCUAAGUGGAGACCCAACGGCGUUUUCGCAGUUUCUGAAGGUUUAACUAAAAGGUAUUUGCAAAUCCUGUGGACCGUAGCCAAUAUGAAUUUCACCACAGGCCGCUCUAAUCAAAUGAUAUAUGUUUCAUCCCUGCCAGAAAUUAAAUGGAUGGCUGCAGCACACUCUACGUGGGCCUGCCUUUCCAAGAGUGUUUGGAAAUUUUCAGGUGUUUUGAAAUGCAGCUGUUGGCCUCAUAAGUGUGGCUCGCUGAGAGGAAAGAAGAACUCGCUCCAAUAUUGUUCCCAAUGUCAUUGGUUUCCAGUUAAUUUUAUUCAGAAGGCUUAUAGGCUGCUCUCCAGCAACCUCAAUAAAGAAUGGUGCUUUAAAAAAGCAGAAAUUGCAAAAUUCGAAAUUUAAUACAUGGCGCGCCACAAGGUGCAAAAGCUCUCAUCAUAUCACUGUAGAAAUACAACUGAAAUGACCACAUCUUGCAGCUUCUCCCCACCUGGGGGAAGGGCUGUAGCUCAGUGGUUGAGCAUCCACUUUUGUGCCCAGAAGGUCCUGGGUUCAAUUCACGGCAUCCCCACGUAGGACUGGGAGGCAUUUCCUGGCUGAAAUGCUGUAGAGCCACUUCUUGUCAGUAUAGAUGGUCUCUAUCAGUGUAAGACGGUGAGGUGUGCUCCAGCAGAGCCAAUGGGUCAGGGAUGAUGGGAAUUGUGGUUGAAACCAUUGGGGCAGGGGCACCAGGCUAGGGAAGGCUGACAUAUUGCUCCCCUGUUUAUCCUUGCCAGAACUCCUCCCCAUGAAUCCCGGAAGGCCAUUUUGUCCAAGCCACGCUCAUUUGCCCUUUAUCUGUUGCCCUAUCUAUCACCACUACAGGCAGCAUCUGAGCUUAGGAACUUCCUGCCUCUCGAUUUCAGACAGGCGUCUUAAUUGUACUCUUUCAGAUGCCUGCUUAUAGCAUUUUUGCUUAAGCCAGCCUAUUCAAACGUGUAGGUGCUGAUGUGUUUUGAUCUCUUUUACUGUUACACACACACACACACACACACACACACAUACACACAUAUCAUAAGCAUAUGUACAAACACAUGCUUUCAUUUAUUUUAAAAUGUUUUUAACUGUGAUAUAUUUCUCGUAAACCACUUAAGAGGGGUUUUUUUUAACUACAAUCCAGCGCUAUAUAAAUUUUGUUAAAUAUAUGAUGUUGGAUGCAGGACCUAAAGGGAGUUCGUAGAUGCCCCUGCAAAGUCCUGUGCAGUGCUUUGCCAGCACCAACAACCAAACAGGCCUGAGAUUCCCUGCUGCUUCUCUAGUUAACUGCUUCUCUCUUGCUCAGUGGCUACCUCACUAGCUCAGGGGUAGCCAACUUAGCAUCUUCCAGAUGUUUUUGGAGGACAACGCCCAUCAUUCCUUGACCAUAGGCCACACUGGCUGGAGCUAGUAGUCUAACCACAUCUGGAGUGAGAGCACUUUAGCUUCCUUUGAUCUUGCUCUUUAUACAUACAGUGGUACCUUGGGUUAAGAACUUAAUUUGUUCUGGAGGUCCGUUCUUAACCUGAAACUGUUCUUAACCUGAAGCACCACUUUAUCUAAUGGGGCCUCCCGCUGCCGCCGUGCCGCCACCGCACAAUUUCUGUUCUCAUCCUGAAGCAAAGUUCUUAACCCAAGGUAUUACUUCCAGGUUAGCGGAGUCUGUAACCUGGAAGUGUCUGUAACUUGAACCUGAAGCGUCUGUAACUUGAGGUACCACUGUACAGUGGUACCUCGGGUUAAGAACUUAAUUUGUUCUGGAGGUCUGGUCUUAACCUUAAACUGUUCUUAACCUGAGGUACCACUUUAGCUAAUGGGGCCUCCUGCUGCUGCCGCGCCGCCGGAGCACGAUUUCUGUUCUCAUCCUGAAGCAAAGUUCUUAAACCGAGGUGUUAUGUACUGAAGUUCUCACCCUGGGCCAGCAGGGGGAUACUGUAGAUAGUUAUGCAAAUAAGGGAUUGAAAGUGACGUUCAGUGAUUGGAUAGUUUUAGAAAAUUGUUACAGUUACGUUGUACUGGAGCUCUAUAUAAGCAGGCUGACUGAACCCUUCAGUUCAGUUCUGUUCUGGCCUGUGAAUAAACAAGAGCUGUUUGAAGAAUCGCUGUGUCGUCUGAUAUGUUCACCCACAACUUAACACGAGGUACUACAUCCAGGUUAGUGGAGUCUGUAACCUGAAGCGUAUGUAAUCCGAGGUACCACUGUAUUUGGAAUUGUAGACUGGACGUGUGGAAGGGGGGGAGCAGGACUGUGUCCUCUGCACCUGCCCCUCUGACGGCUGUGUGCUGACCAUCUGCUUCCAGGCAUAUUCGGUCAUGGCAUGAAAACCCUGACCGUGCAGGAAAUGAGUGGUAUUUUUCUGACGGCAACAUGACAUUUGUUUCCUUUCCUUCUCAUUUCCUUUUGGCUGCCAUUUAUAGGGGACUCCAUUAGUGCUUACCCUCACACGUCAAUUCUGAGGAUAAUUGCUCUUCUACAUAUGGUAGAUCAGAAGGCGAUUCAAGUUUGCAGCAUGCUAGCUGCUGAAUGAAUAAGCAGGCGACUGUCUUCUUUCGUCAGAUUUUGCUACAAAGGGUUUCCUCCCGGUAUUUGCGUCUUUUGAUUUUGCCCAGGUACGGUCUUUCAACAGGUUUGAUGCUCACACUAAUAAUUGCCUUCAAAGCGUUCUGCAAACCGCAGAGUUAUUUAUUUAUUUUAAUGGAUUUUAAUUACGUUGUGCAGUUUUGUGAUAAUUUAUUGCUUUAGAAAUGCAUUUGUAUUGGCCAGUUCCUUAACUCUUUCGCCUAAUUGUUUUGAAUUUAGUUGGGGAAUAUGGGCUUCAUUGACUCUUGAUUAAUCUUUUCUAAAUACGUUUGCAGCAGGAGCACAUAAUAUCAGAAAUGUAGCAGCACAAACAGCUUUAGAGUUUUUAAAAUAAAUUGCUAAGAAGUGGUGUUGGCAUGUUCUGUAGAUUCCCCUGUUGAGGACAACGCAAAGUACUGUUAGAGAUUUUGGGCUAAACCCUAGAAAUUAAUAAAUGCUAGGAUUUGGGGUUCUUUGUGAUAUGCAGGGAGAAUACAUACUGCCUGAGAGGAUUCCUGGGCUGCCUUAUGCAAACCAGUCUUGCUGGCAUGAGGGAAGAGCAAGUGUUACAAUAGAGAGACGUUGAGGGUAGUCAACAACUCCUUGUCCCAGGUAGGACCAGAGACUGGAGAUUUGGGAGGUUGCCAGGGUAACUGCUCUGAAGGCGGGCAAGAGGCUUCUGGGAAGAAGAAAGGGAGAGAUCCAUCUUGGGGAGGGUGAAGGAAGGACUGCCUGCGAUGCUCUGGGCCAUGCUGUAAGAUCUGGACCCCCUCCAAGCAGACCGAGGGUGUAAAUAAUAAUAAUACUAAUAAUAAUAAUAAUAAUAAUAAUAAUUAUUAUUUAUUUAUUUAUACCCCGCCCAUCUGGCUGGGUUUCCCCAGCCACUCUGGGUGGCUUCCAAUAAAACACUAAAAUACAAUAACCUAUUAAACAUUAAAAGCUUCCCUAAACAGGCGAAUAAACCCUAUUUCUUAAAGCAUGACGGUCUCCACCGUGUCUUCUAUUCUCCAAAGGGACACAGAUCCUGUGUUGGUGCCUGAGAUCCCAUGCACUCUUGCCACAGCUUGGCAGAGAGAGGGGCAGGUGCUGGGCUUUUGCAACAGUACGUUGGGAAUGAGUUCUAAAAUUCCCUGGCCUUUCAGUAUUCUGAGAAUGGCCAUUGCUAUUUUGUUCGGCAUCUAGGGUGUCUGUAGACUGUUGGUGUGGGUUUUUUUGUUUUUUGGUGAGAGGGAUUACAGUGCAUUCCUGGAGAUUUAGGGUUAGCAAUAAAAGUGGAUUGAAGCACUGUGAUGUCCAAGGACAGCAAAAACCCGCAUUUUAAAAAGGAAACAGACUUUUAUCAGUUAGGAAAGUGUCAGGGAAAUUCAUUGAAAAGUGUAGAGUGAAUACAGUGGUACCUCUGGUUAAGAACUUAAUUCGUUCUGGAGGUCCGUUCUUAACUUGAAACUGUUCUUAACCUGAGGUACCACUUUAGCUAAUGGGGCCUCCUGCUGCCGCCUCACAAUUUCUGUUCUCAUCCUGAAGCAAAGUUCUUAACCUGAGGUACUAUUUCUGGGUUAGCGGAGUCUGUAACCUGAAGCGUCUGUAACCUGAAGCGUCUGUAACCCGAGGUACCACUGUAAAUGAAGGGAAGACGUAUUAAACAUCAUGUAGGCAAAUCAAGAUAAAUGCCCUCUGUGCAAUUUUCCUGCAAAGAGAUUGCAGCGAAUGCUUUAUAAAGAUUGGGCAUAAUCUAGCCGUCGAAGCAUAUACCACGUCUAGCAGUUGUGGCUUCCUCCAAAGGUUCUUGGGAGCUGUAGUUUUUAAGGGUGUGGAGAGUUGUUAUAAGAGCUACAGUUCCCAGCACCCUUAACAAACUGCAAUUCACAGAAUUCUUUGGGGGAAGCCAUGUGACUCAAAAUCUGGAUGAUGCUGAAUAAACAAGAGCAAAUUUUGAAUUUGCCUCAGGCAGCAAAAACUCUUGGACCUGCCUUUACGACGGGUGUGAUGAGCAGUCUUGAAACCCCUGUAUCCCUUGCUAUUGAAACUGUCACAUUGAGCGUAUUUCAGUUGAGCUGUGCGGAAUGGUUGUACGCCCACCCCAACUCCCUGAGCAGUGGUAAUUUGUAAGGAACGCGCUUACUUGGGUUUUGUGUUUCUUUGUACGAAAAAUAUCAAUGAAGACUUAAUGUCAUCUUGCAAUACUCAGUACAGCCAUAUCUUGGUUCGCAAACGCCUUGCAAGUCAAAUGUUUUGGCUCCCGAAUGCCACUAACCCGGAAGUGAGUGUUCCAGUUUGUGGACGUUCUUUGGAACCCGAACAUCUGACGCGGCUUCCGUGGCUUCCGAUUGGCUGCAGGAAGCUUCUGCAGCCAAUCGGAAGCCACGCCUUGGUUUCCGAACAUUUUGGAAGUCGAACUGACUUCUGGAACAGAUUCCGUUUGACUUCCAAGCUACCACUGUAUAGAUGAAUCUGUAUACGUGUUUGUGUUUUGUGUAUGCAUGCACACAAACGACCCAUUAGCAGAGACAAGCAAGAGACACUCCUACUAGGGAGCGGAUCCACUACCCCACAUUAGAUCCUCAAGGAGGAAGGUGCUCCUUUUCCAAGCCUGCCAAAUGCUUUUACUGGAGGAAAGUGGGAUGUUUCACCUUUCCCACCCUAACAUUUCUGAGAAAUCUGUGAAUCAAAACUAGCCUUCCCGCAAUUGGCCUCAACAAAGAAGCAGUGAAUGGUCAUCGUGGGCCAUUAAAAAAAACCACCCACCCACCCUAUCAAUGUUCUUUUGUGAGAUCUCAGACUUUGAUCUGCCUUCUCUUUUUAAAGGAAAGCCACUGUGUGAUAGAGCUGGUUCUUGGACAGCAAAGCUGCAACAAUGCUCUGCUUUUGUGCCGCUUUUCUGAAUGAAUUUGGCCUUGUUUCCUAGGGGGAAACUUGCAGCAGUCUUGAUUUCUGCAUCUUUGGCUUGUCGGACUGACUAAGCCUCUGUUCAUUUUGAGGGGUGCCUUCUGGAGAGGGCAGCGGGUGGGUCUAAGCUCUCCCCCAACCUGCAUAUAAGAAUGUGACUCAUGCAGGUUCCUAUAUUCACUAGUAUGUAUGACAACAAGAGACGGUUUUAAACAAUUAAAAGGGGCUUGGCAUGCAGACCAAAGGCCUGUGUCCCAGGGCUUAAAAAAGGAGAGUGACUCUUUGACUUGUCUGGCGGUGUUUCUAUAUAAAGUCUGAGUGUAUAAAAGGCAGCAAAUUGAAACGCUUUUAAAAUAUGCUGCUUUUAAAGGCAGUGCCAAGCGCAGGCCUCUGAACCUUGUGAUUCUCCUUCCAUGCUGCACACGCCUUUCCUCUCUCUGCCCCCCCACCCCAUGCACACACUAAAAUCUGGAAUAAUUUGCAAAUGGGGAAUUGCUACAUUUUCCAUUGGGGGUGGGGGGUAAGGUAAUGGCUUUUGUUUAGACCCCUGUUUCACUUGACGGGCAGUAUUACAGUUGCAGCAUCCCGCGCAUGAAACAGACUUUCGAUUGUGCAAAUGGGACUUCUUCCCUUCUCCCCCUGUGUGUCCCCAAAAUCUCCUCUGGAAGGUUGAGGGACCCUCUGGAGCAGAUUGUGGGGAGGUGUGGGGUGGCGGGGCAGGGGGAGAAGAGGGAACAGGCUAUUACAUCUGCCGGUGGGACUCUGAACCUAGCCCAUUAUAAAUCCAACUGAUCUUUCUCUUUGAGAGAGUGGUUAGAAAUUACAAGCAGGUUUUAUUCUAAAGCGUUUACUUAUCUGCUGGAAGCAGACUUGGAAAGGAGGCUAAUGCAGCAAUGUCAUCUUAUCACAGAUUUCCUAGUAAUUUGCUGUUUGGGGUUGUGAGAAGCUUAAUCUGGCUACGCAAGUGUGGCGGCUUUGAGCUGAUCUCUCUCUAUCUUGCACCUCCCACAGCCAAAGCAAGUUCACUCAAGUCUCACUCCAUGACAUUGUCUGCUCUUAUCACCACUCAUUAGGAACGUGACUAGGACCCAGGAAUGCUGAAUGCCAGGUUCUGUCCACCCCACCCACAAAAAAUCAUGAUUGCAUUUUUUUAUUUUAUUUGGUUUGGUUUUGGUUUUUUGGGCCUUUAUGCAGCUAUUAACUGAGACCCCAUCCACACAGUACUUUUAAAACACCCAUUGCUCGGUCCCUGCUCCUGCCAACCUAGCAGUUCGAAAGCACGUCAAAGAGCAAGUAGAUAAAUAGGUACCGCUCCGGUGGGAAGGUAAAUGGCGUUUCUGUGUGCUGGUCUGGUUCGCCAGAAGUGGCUUAGUCAUGCUGGCCACAUGACCUGGAAGCUGUACGCUGGCUGCCUCAGCCAAUAAAGCGAGAUGAGCGCCACAACCCCAGAGUCGGUCACGACUGGCCCUAAUGGUCAGGGGUCCCUUUACCUUUACUUAUAGCAGUCAUGGCUCCCUCCUCCCCAAGAAUCCUGGGAACUUAAUUCCCCUCCUCCAAGCUACAAUUCCCAGCACCCUUAAAAACUUCAGUUCCCAAGAUUCUUUCAGGGGGAAGCCGUGACCGUUAAAGCGUUAUAAGAAGGACUUUAAAAUGUACUGUGCGGGUUGUGGCCUCGUGCUGGGAAUUUAAUAUGGGAAUAUUAGUUUGCACAUGCACUAUACAUUUAAAGCUGUAUCAUGCUACUUUAAACAGCUGUGGCCAAAGAGUUAUGGAAGCUGGAGUUUGUUAAGGGAGCUGAGAGUGGCUAGUUAGCAGAUCCCUAUUCCCCUCACACAACUAAAUUCCAGAGUUCCCCCGGGGAAGAGGGAUUGCUUGUUAAAGCGCUCUGAGAAACUCGAUUUAGAAGGCAUCAAACCAGGUGUGACUGGCUGCUUCGGGGGUGUCUCUCAGGCAUGUUGAAACAGAAACAGGACACCUUUCCAAAUGGUCCAUUUGACAGGUGCUGAGAUUAAUAGGGGACAUCUGUAGAAACUCCAGAAGCCCUGCAGCUGAUCACUGUCGUAUGGAGGAGGGGGAAGACCCCCCCCAAAUGGAGAGAGCUUGUGCUUAUUUCUUCCCUUCCCCUCCAGCAUUCCCCGAGUGAGAGAUUCCUUAAACCGCUUCCCUUUGGCGUUUUGCAGAACCCUCCUCUUGCUUAUCUGUGAUAGAUCACCGGGGCAACCGUUUUCCAGACCGAUAAUUGUGCAUCUUGCAGUAUAGGGGAAACAACUGGCCUGCUUCACAGUUCAAGCUGAAGUUGAGACGUGCUAAAGCAGAACCGCUGUAAAUACCCUGGAUUAGGGACAGGGAACCUUUUUCCAACUGAGGGCUGCAUUCUUCCUUCUAGACACCUUCCAAGGGCCACAUCUGGUGGCCGGCAGGGCUGGAGGAAAGGAAACUUUACCCUUUUACCUAAUUUCCUCACUCCCUCUUGCCCCCCCUCAUCCUCCAUCAAGAGAAGCAAGAGUCAUUGUCAGAGUUCAGGGAGGCAGGCCAGCCAGGUGAAAACCCUCAGGGAUGUUGCAAAGCAGGCCAGGGAGGGAGUGUGGCCUCUGGAGAGUCCCGAGGGCCAGAAAGUGAGGUGCUGAGGGCCGCAUUGAGGUUCUCCACCCUGUCUUGGGGCCAGGGCCGUCUUAAGCAUAUCCGGCGCCGUGGUUGAAAGAUCCCUCCAACGCCACGCCCCCUUUCCCAGAGUUGUCGACCUUUCCCCAAGCCUCUGUGGGGAUCGCUCUCCUCCUGCGGAGGCUUGGGAAGCAAGCUGCACGCCCGCCAGCCAUAUGGUUGGCGGGGCACAGCUGGUGGGCAUUUAGGGAAAGGGGAGGCCGCCGGCAAAGCUGCGCAGCUCCCCCACUCGCUGAGGCGCCCCUGAGAGGCCAGCGCCCUGGCGCAAUGUGCCAGUAAGCCCAAUAGGAAAGACUGUUCUGCUUGGGGCCUCUGAACAGGUUUUUUUUGUGUGCCACUGUGGCCGAUGGUCUCAUGCCCCUCUGUUCUUCAGUCUCCUGCAGGUGCCUCAGUGCAUUUGGAAAGGCGCUUCUGUUCUGUUUAGCCACUUGGAGGCAGUCCCUAAAAACUGCUCUGCAAACGUCUGCCUUCCUUCUAAGGAUCCUGUGCCUACCAAUGUCUCCUCUGUCGCUUUUAUUUUUGUGUGCUGUCUCUUCUUUCCUUCUCUCCUGCAUGUAAGCCUCACUCGACUGACCGUAAGCCUGAGGGCAGUGGGGCCUGUCUCUUUUUUUGCUUUCUGUGUGAAGCCAGGGAUGUCAGAAGGCAGCGGCUUCCAUCCCAACCUGUCUUUGUCACAACCUCACUUUUUCCAUCCUGCCGAAGUUUGGUUUCUGGCAAAUCCUGCAUCCUUCAUCUUGCUGCCUCUCUGUUUAAUGUAACUUAGGUAAUUAUGUGAGUUAUGAAUCUGAAGCAAUUAAUGGUGCAGUUAUUUCCACGCCGCUCAUUUCAGUGUAAGCAAAAUGUCAAAACAAUAAUUGUGUCCCCCCCCCCCCAAGUAUUUAAUUGCAUAUUGGCUGCGGACUUUAAAAAAACAAUGUGAGCAAAUACUGAUUGUGUCAGUCGGAUUGAUUUCCGCUCCAGACCUGGGACGAAAACGUGGGCAGCAGCAAUUUCUUCUUCCCUUUCCAUUUGCGAUGAAAUUCUUUGACGUCCCUGUGUGAAGUACCUAGUCCUAUUAAGCAUUCUAGAAAUAGUAGUAUCUGAACCAUUGCUGGGGAAUCUUAGCUUACAGCUUCUGUUCGCUCGUCCCUUCCAGAACUCUACAGUUCUUUUGUUCCUCUAGACUGAAAGCUCAUUUUAUCCUUUACUCCCUACUCACAGGACAAAUGGGGUCAUCAAGCAAAAACCAGAUCUACCUUGUGACAGGUGGCUGCGGUUUUCUGGGGAAAAAUCUGGUCCAGAUGCUUCUGAAGGAGGAGCCUGGCCUUGCAGAAGUGCGCGUCUUUGACUUGCACCUCGAUGAAAGCAUGCGACACCUGGAUAGAGGUAAGAUGCCCAUUCUCCUGGGUCACUCUUUCCUGUUCCUGCAGAGGUGUGGGUGUGGAUUCCACUUCCCCGAGGGUCUUGCACAGAAUGGGCAAAUACAUUUUGAGAGCGUCUCCAAAAAUCUCUCCAGAGAAAUGCCCAACUGGCCGUGUUAAAGGCUAUAGGGGAGGAUGUCGGGGCGUAUCCCCCAACAUUUCUCCAAUGAAAAUAGGGGCAUCCUAUUCCAUAACAGAAAGGGAUGCGGGUGGUGCUGUGAUCUAAACCACUGAGCCUCUUGGGCUUGCCGAUCAGAAGGCCGGCGGUUCAAAUCCCCGUGACGGGGUGAGCUUCCAUUGCUCGGUACCAGCUCCUGCCAACCUAGCAGUUCAAAAGCACAUCAAGUACCACUCCGGCGGGAAGGUAAACGGUGUUUCCAUGUGUUGCUCUGGCUUCACCAGAAGUGGCUUAGUCAUGCUGGCCACUUGACCCGGAAAACUGUCUGCGGAAGCGGACAAAUGCCGGCUCUCUCGGCCUGUAAAGCGAGAUGAGCGCCGCAACCCCAGAGUCAUUCACGACUGGACUUAAAUGUCAGGGGUCCCUUUACCUAUUCCAUAACAACAACAACAACAACAACAGCAACAACAACAGCAGCAACAGCAACAACAACAACAACAACAACAACAACAACGUUAUUUAUACCAUGCCCAUCUGAUUGGGUUGCCCCAGUCACUCUGGGUGGUUUCCAAAUUAUAUAAAAACACUAAAAAAACUUCUCUAUGCAGGACUGCCUUCAGAUGACUUCUAAAGGUAUAGUUACUUAUCUCCUUGGCUUGGGGUGUGGUUGCCUAAUGCCACACCUUCCAACAUUUCUCCGAUGAAAAUAGGGACAGCCUAAGGAAAAACGGGAUCAAAUCAGAAGCCAGGAUGGGUUCUGUAAAUCCCGGACUGUCCCUGGAAAACAGGGACGCUUGGAGGGUCUGCCAGUGAGGUCAUCCAUAUCUUGGCAUCCCUCAAUGCUCACUGCUCCCAAAUGCUGGAGAACCCCCAGGUUCCACUGCCCCUGGUAUGGCCUGCAAUAAUAUCAUUAUGAUAUCAGCAUAGCUGCCUCUUGUGUUUUCUUUACUUACCCCACUUGCAUUACUGCUGGUGGGAGGUAAUAAGUUCACCACCACUGCCAGUAUUUCUAGGAAAUUUACAUUCACAGAAUUAAAGUGGAUUAAAGAGCCCUGGUGCAACAAGUCCACUUUUUUACAAUUAAAAACAUUUACCUUCUCGUGGUUAAGAAAGCGAUGGGGAAAGUCGCUAAGAAGCGUGGGAUAAAUUAUUGGUUAGUGGGAAGGCUUGUAACCACCGCACAAAGAAAUUAGGAUAAAAUCUGACUGUCGUAUAACCUCCCCACAAACAAAUCAGAACGAAUGCUCGGUAAAGACUGGACUUGGAUACUUGAGAUAUAUAUGGUCCCGCCGUAUACCUGUGGCUGCAACUUGUUUAGAACUGUUUUCAGUGUUGAAUUUUAAAAUUGCUGUAACUUGCCCUGGUACAUUAUGGUGAAGGUCGGUUAACAACAAUGACAGCACCUGCUGUAUAAGCUCUGUGCAAUUAAAUAUAGAUGAAUGCUGGAAUAAAGUCCUCUGAAGGUGCCCUAAAGGUGAGGUAUGAAAGGGACCCAUGACGUGUUAGAGCUGGUGUGAACUGAAACUGGCACCAUCCCAUGCCCCUGCUGUGCUUGCUGGGGCUGAUGGGAUUUGUAGUUCAUCAACAUCUGGAGCACCAAAGGUUCUCCACAUCUGCUAGCGUGUGGCGGGGACUAAAAAGCUAACUUUCUAAAAAGCCCAACUGUGUUUCUGAAAAUCGGUGGAGUUUUGAAACAGUUAUCUUCUUUAGAAGUCCUUGGCUUCUAAGGCAGGUUUCCCAGUUGAGCCCCAGCUUAACAUUUAUUUCCCUGGUUAUAUAAACAGGAGGCUGAAAUAUUUUCCAUCUUGGCAACCUUUGUCCACCUGAGAGAGUUUCACAGAAAUCAGCCCAUGUAGCGCUAAGUUUUAUUCAUUUUUCUUGGACGGUAACCCUCCCCCCCGCCCUGGUGUCUAAAAGGACUCAUAUGUUUCAAGGUCUGAAGGUGUGUGACCUUUAAAAACACAUUUUCCCCUCCAAGUAAAAAAUGAGCAGUCUCCACAAGAAUGUUGGAACUUAGCAGCUAGAAACCCUAGGAAUGUGGAUGGCAGCCAACAGCACAAUAAGUCUGUCUCUUUUUUUUCAGUCCUUGGCAUCUAAUUCACAUGUUGCAGAGCAGUCUUAUGUUUGGUUGCUUGGCAAUCAAAUCCUAGUGUUCAAUGAGCCUUACUCAUGAGUAAGGAUGGCCUGGUGAAACAUGGGACCAAUGCACCUUUAAUUGUUGUUGUUGUUUUACACAGCUGUUAAAGGUCUGCUUUUGCAUCUCUCUACCCAAGCAAGUGUGUUCUAAAAGGUUGCAGCUCCAUCUGUGAAUGUUUUUACACCUUGGUGUUACAGUACUGGGUUAACUGCAGCUGAGUUUGGGAGGGUGCAGAACACAAACAUAGAUGGCGGGGGGGGGGGCGGAGGAGAGAGAAGAAGAAUUGCUCAUCUUUACUCGAUUAAAAAAAAAUUAUGUCCCGCCUUUCAAAUUUAAAAGUUUAAAAGUUAGCUUACAAAAAAAGAAUAGAAAAGAAAAGAAAAGAAAAGAAAAGAAAAGAAAAGAAAAGAAGAAUCUUUGGUUAAAAACAAAUAGCCUUUGUAAGAUAGAGCUAAACAUAAAGCAGCCUUAAUUGAAACUAUCCUGGGAAUCUGAAUGAAGGUAUUGAUUGAUUGAUGACAAUUUGUAUACAUUGUUUAAAUUCAAAACAAAAACUCUUUACAACUUUAAAACAAAGCCUUUUACAACUUAGGCUAAAUGCAACUAGAUAAAAUGCCAGAAAUUUAUACAUUCCAUAAAACACAAUCAACAACUAAACAGAGCAUCUUUUUUUUUAGUAUCAAACAUUACAUGCGAAAACACAAGGAAAAUUCAUUGAAAACAUAGCAGGUCUACUAAACAAAAUAUCCUCCAAGCAUCAGGAAAGUGAAAUACUAUGCAUGAAAACCAACUAAAAAGUAUAAAUUCCACCCUUUUAAAGGGUUGGUGUAUCGCUCCCUAAAAUAGGGACCCUUGACUCUCCUCAUGGUGCUGGACUGCAGCUCCCAUCUUCCCCGACCAUUGGGCAUGCUGGCUCAGGCUGCUGGGAGUUGGGAGUCCCCAACGACACGAAGAGGGCUAACUUUUCCCUGUUGUAAUAAGUUAAAGCAACCAGUUUGGAAAUAAAGAAAGGUCCUGAGUCAGGAAGCUGCAUCUUUUGUACCCCUCUGGAAAUCCUUUUGUGGGUGCAAGCAAUUGUCACGUAAGGAAGGGAAAGUUCCUGAGAGCAAAAUGGAGGCGAUGCUCUGAGAUGCUACAACUUGCGGGUAACAGCAUCCAGCCCGUGAGUAGUUCUCUCCCUGGAACAACCGGCCAGGAAGCCAGCCAACAUGUGGCGAGAAAAUGUGCCUGUGCGGUUCUCGGGGAGGAAGCUUUGGAGGGCAGGAUAGGGCCACCAUAACACUCUGUUCCCUCACGUUGAUUCAACUGGUACAGGCCCAUUUUCCUCAUGUGUGGUGCGCAGCUCGCUGUUGACCUUCAAAGCUGUUCCCUGCAAGAUGCAGAGGGUGUGGUGGCGAUGGUUUAUUCCCAGGAAAGCCACCCUCCCAACCCCCCAAAAAUGAGGGGUUUUGUUGGCAGGGUUCAAGAAGACCACACCCACACAUGGAAGUGUUUUUUUCCGAGCAUGGACCUCCAUGCGAGAGCGUGCUCCCAAUCCCGUUGUUGGGCUGUGCAGCGAAUGGUACAGAGCCAGCCUUGGCUGUGGAGGAGCAGAUGAUCCAAACGCCGUCCACUCCAGCUGGUUGCAAUUCACUCUCUUUGCCUCGUGCCUGGCCCGUGUCCUUUGGCGGAACUCGCGUGCGCUGCCAAAAUCUCUUUGCAAAUAGCACUCAGUAGCAAGCAGCAGGGCAAAAACAGGAAUCUGAGAAACAAGAAUUGAGAAGCGGGAGAGGGGGUGGGGUGAGGUGGAGGGAAGGAAGGGCUUGCCUGGGGAUUUUUCCCCGAGAGAAGCCCAGUAGCAACCUCGGCCUCAUAUCCUUCUGGGUCCAAGGUCUCUUCUGUGUUGGUUUCAGUCCAGCGUAAACAAGGCCUGACCUUGAAAGCACAUCUGAUUUGAUUUGAGGAAGCAACGAGACAAUGAACUUUCACCGGUUUCUAGCGGCAAGGAUGCAGUUUGACCAAGGGAAGGAGGUGUUUUGGGGAGAAGAAAAGAGGCUAGCUUCAGAGCCAAGGGCAUGUUUUGCCAAUAGUUAAUACAAGCAAAAUGUCCCUCCUGAUGAGGUGUGGGCAGUGGGAGGCAACACCAAAAGUUGGUGAAGUUGCAUGGUCUUGCUUCUCUGCUUUGGCAGGCUCAUUGUGGCAGGGAGUCCCAACACCUCCCUGGUGGUGAGCCCCAUCUGCCUUCUUCCAAGCAGGUUGCUGCUUAUUAUACCUGUAAAAAGUGGUCUUGCUAAUGUGAAGGGGAUGGGGGGGGGGGGCGGAAUUGUCUAAGGCCAUUCGCAAGGCCUCUGCAGGGAGAAAAUGUGAGUUUCCGUGGAUGUCAACAAAGCUAGAGGUCGUUUAUGGUACGUGAAAGUGAUAGGAAUAAAGAGGAGACUUCUGUGAACAUGUGCAAGUGUUUAUUUCCCUUUCCCGCUAAGGCCCCAUCUGCACUAUUCAUUUCAAAGCAGUGUCAUCCCACUUUAAACAGUUGUGGCUUCCCCCAAACAAUCUUGGGAACUGUAGUUUGUUAAGGGGGCUGAUAGUUGUUUGGAGGCCCACAGUUACAGUUCUUUUGAAUUCCUUGACAAAAGGGGUUAAUUGUUAAGCCGCUCUGGGAAUUGUCACUCUCUGAGGGGAACUCUUCGGCACCCUGAACAAACUACAACUCUCAGCGCUACAGUUCCCAGGGUUCUUUGUUGGGAAGCCAUGACUAUUUACAGUGUCAUGAUGCUACCUUGAAUGUGUAGUGCAGCUGGGGCCUAAGAGAUGCUUCAUGUGCCACAUUUUUCUCUUUAUCGGAAAGAAAAAAGCUAGGGUGUAUUUGAUAUAUGCUGUGGAUUAGCAACUGGGAAUCCUUGGGCCAAAUCUGGCCUUCUGCCAAUUUAGAGGGGAAAGGGCUAGAAAGAAAGUGGUACCUUGCAAGAAUAUUAAUUCGCAAGCAGCUAAUUUAAGUAAUAGGGGCUGAGGCAUUUCCCAUUGCCAGGUACUACUCCUCGCUCCAGUCUUUGUGACCAGGACUGAGUGAGGAGGGAGUGAACCAGUGCCACAACUUUUGCUUUGCUCAAGAAGCCAGUGCGGAACAUGGAUAUUUGUUCCUGCAAUGAAACAAAUGCUUCACUGUGUGUGGAAUUGUCUUGGUAUAUAGGAGAUGUUUCGUCCCAUGAGGAGCCAAUGCCCAACAUCCUGGGGGCCAGGAAAUACCCUGAGAAGCGGCUUUGAUGCUGCUAAUGCAAAGCAGGCUUCGGCCUGGUGGUUGCCAGGAUGGGCGACAGCUUAGGAGCUCAGCUGGAGCCACUCGGAGUGCUUUCUCCUCCUAAAAAUAAAAUAAGAAUAAAAAGAGUUGGGUAUAAAUAAAUAACUGGGAAGGGUGAGAAUAUGACUCUAGUCCCUUCCCGGAUGCCUCCUGGUGACCUCUCCUUGGUAAUGGCUCUUUCAAGUUCCAGAGAAUUGAGUUUCCAGCACCACAUUUAGAAGGGAAAAUGAUUUUGACAGCCAGCUAAGUGACAGGCGGCCAGAAAGCAUCUGGGCAGGAAGAAGCGGAGAAGCGGGAAAUUGCCUCCUGUCAAGGCCUCACAUGACGUAAAGGGAGGCAGACAGGAGUGAACUGCAAGGCCCCAAGGUCCCUGGGUGAGUGGGCAAGCAGGUUGAUGGAGACAGGAAGGGCGACGGGUGCCCUGGCCAUUCAUUCCUGGCAGGUGUUUCGCAGCAGAUGCCAUCAUGGCAGGAUUUCCUGAGAGGGUUUCCUGCCUAUGAAAUGCAGGAGAGAAAGAGAGGGAGGCACUUGGUGAACUUGGUGUAACCCAUUAGAUCCCGUUCCUUCCUGUUCUCCCUGCCUGCCACGUCUCUCAGACCUGUUGCAAGGCUUCAAAAAUUAUCACGGAUAAAACCAGCUGCCCAGGAAAGAACACCAAAGUUCGCUUUCCAUCCCGUGGUGGUUAGCCUGAGAAGCAAGUGGGUCUUGAAGGUGACAAUAGCCAUAAUAGCUGUUGCAUUUAAGAUAUAAUGUCACCGCACAUGGCAUACACCGCAAGUGUCUUGGCAAAACCAGGACAUCCCAUUUUUUUCUUGCAAGAGAACGGUGGCUGCCCUCUAACUGGAACAGCUUUUCCAGAAAGAUGAGUUGGCUCAUGUACAGCAUCAGAUUUCUUUGUGAAACUGUUCUCAUCUGUCUUCUUAUAUUCAUUUAUUUUUUAAAUUGUUCUACACCGCUAGGAUAUUUGCUAAUGUUUGGUGGUCUGUCAAUUUUCCAAAUAGAAUUCUUGUCUGGUAUGCCCUCUAAGCUUUCUGUGACAAGCCCCAUCCAUAUGUCCCUUCAGUGUGACCAAGGCUGUCCUUGUGGCAUUUUAAAAAACUGCUCCUAAAACUAGACAAAAGAAAAGUGGUUGUGAGAGGGGCCGAUGGCUCAAACAACACUGUUUCUUGUUCCAAGGAAAACUUGACAAAACAACAUUAAGCCCAGGAUGUUUUUGUAAUCUCUUGUCACGUUUGCUUAUAUGAUGACCUUGCUGUGCUGAAACAAAGGGAGAGGCAGAAGUGUUUCAAACAAUACCUUAUUAUCUUAGUGCUAAUCCAAUUGUGGGGCCGAUUGGCUAACAGCUGUGACAUCAAGAACACCUCCCCCUCCCCCUAUAUAUAUAUUUUAAAACCUCCCUUCUUUUUAUUUUAAAUGUAUAAGGCCGCACGUAUUAUGCAAUGCUUUUUGUGUGUGAAAGCAAAAGUAAAGAAUGCCUGAGGUGUGCAAGGAAGGUAGUUUGGUGGCUAACUUAACUUUUGGAUCCUUAAGAAGGCAUAACUCUGAUGCAAAUUGUAAAGCCAGCAAGAAGUUGAUCUUAUGCCAUGCUUGACUUUGACUUCCUGUUGAAAUGUUGAAGAUUUUCUUCACUCAAUAGGUGGGCACAGUAAGUAAAGAAGUGGAAUAUGCCCCACGUUAUGGGGCAGCUAAAUAUGGGCCUUGGGGGUGUUGUUUCUAGAACGUUUACCCUUCUGGGUGUCCAAGUGCAGAGGAGACCUUUUGAGCUGAGGGUGGGUCUGCAAUUUCUUGCAUUUUCUCUUCUCCGCGUUAUUCUCUCUAGGAAACGUGGGGCAGCAGAGAAUGGUGCCAAGUGGUGACAGUGUGGUUUCUAACCCACCCCCCAGCCUUGCCUGGACAAAAGACAGUGCUAUUUCUAGGAAGGGGUGGGGAGAAAUUAGAUUCAGCUUGCACUUAAAGGCAAAACUGCUUAAUUCACACUUUCUAAAACAAUGUGCAAACCGAAGCACAGCCACCGCUUGAAAUUCACACAUCUCCGAAUUUUGCAGUGCAGUUUUCCAGCCAAGUAAUGUGUACAAAUAUGUAGAUGUUAAGGUACACAUAUAUUAAUCAGAAAGACAUGCAAAAUGCAUUAUGUUAGGGGAAGUUGCUUUACAAAGAUGUGUAUAUUAUUCCAUACCAAAGGGGUAUAUUAGGAGGCUUUAGUUGUCUGUCUCGGGAGACAAUGGAGGAGUGCGUCUUGGGGGCUGAGAAGAUAGCAAUAAAAACACUGUUUAGUUUUCAUGAGGACUUAAAUAAUAAAUAUGUCCACAAACCAAUGUGGGAAUGUGGAGAGCUACGGUAAGCACCAAGAUGUGGAAAAUGAGAAAGAGAAACAGAAAUUAACUCAUCCGCCUAACCCUCUUUCUGGGAUGAGGCAUUUAAUUAUAUAACCAGGUAUUUGGCUUUGUUGUUUCUCAACAGCCUGCCGUAGAAGUGUGUGGUGCUUAUCACUCAUAAGGAAGAUUCUCCUAAGUUGUUUCGACUCAUUCAGUAUUCAGGAAUGCCUCGGUAUUGCCACAGGGCGGAAGUGGGAAGGUUUGCCAUCAGCACACAACUGAAUCCCCUCCUGAAUUCAGUGAUGCAAAUCAAAAUAGAAAUUUGCCCAAAGGCAAAUUGCUGAAACACAUCGCUGUUUCCAAGCUCCGGUUUUGCAUCCAACGAUAUGCUUUGCGUGUGUAGAAGAUCCAGGUUCGGUCCCUGUAGCCUCUAGGCAGCCCACGAUGUUUCUAUCUGGGGCGUGCAUAAGGACAGCUAUGGCUCUCAAUGAUUUUCCAAUCGUUCGUAUGGGCAGGGCUAGGAGCACAAAGUUCUGCAGGGUCCCUGAUGCCACCUUGCUUCUCCUCCCUCUGUUGGGGGCAGGGAGGAUGAUGAGAAGGGGAGAGACGUGGACCUGUUUGUGUUUAGUAUGUUCUUUCCUAAUGAAGAAACCAAGGUAGACUUGAUUACAUGGGUUUUUUUGGUUGAUGGAUUUGUCCCCGGUUCCCUGCUACCGCCUUUUCUCUCUGACCCAGGUAGCAACCAAAAGUCCCAACUCACCUCUCUCUCUCUCUCUCUCUUCUCGUUCUCAAAAACGAAGUGACUCUGAUCCAGGGCGACAUCAGCAACCUGGAGGAUGUGAAGGCAGCCAUGAAAGGAGCCCACCUGGUCAUCCACACUGCCAGCCUGGUGGAUGUUUGGGGCAGAGUCUCACCUGAAAAGAUCACUGCGGUCAACGUUCAAGGUAGGAAUUGAAAGACUACCCAUUCAGCCUCUUUCCUCCGUGGUCCAGAGGAAGUCACCCUGCACAUUACAGGACCAAGGAGAGCACCACAACGGCCUGGUUCACACAUAAUGCUAAGCCAUGGUUUCUUUCACAAAUCAUGAGUUAACCGUGAGUUUGUCAAACAAACCAUGGCUUGUUUCUCCAACAUUUGUUUUGUUCUUGUCUUGUGGAGUUUAGUGAGUGUCCAGGGUGACUUCAACAAACCAUGGCUAAGGGAAUGGUGCUGGGUUUCCAUAUAACGCCAGGCUGUAGUUAUAGCAAAACAAGCCAUGGUUUCAGAUUGUGGUUUGUUGGCAACAAGGAAACCAUAGGUAAGCUUCUGGCAGGGUUUCCACAUAAUAAUAAGCCAUGCUGUAAUAAACAGUCUCAUAAACCAUGGUUUAGUGUUAUGAGGCAAGCAAGAUGGGCAAAGCUACUUGUCAGAAAGGUGGCUGGGGAGGUUGCUCAAGCCAGUGAACCAGGCCACGUUCCAGAGGAAGGCCUUCAUUUCCAAACCAAGAGGUGCUGGGGCCAAGCAUACCACAAUGUAUUGUCAUCCAGCCUUGACCUGACAUGGCAGGGCUCUUCUUACCCUCUUACGUUACCAAGGAAAGGUCUGGAUUUUUAAGAAUCGCUUGAUGGGAAGUGCUAAUAUUUCAGCCUGUCUUUCUAGAAGAUAAAAGCCAAAUAUUUUGAAGGGAGCAACGCCAGCUUUUGCCAAGUUAAUAAAUCUGUUUUUCAGGAGGCUGGCGGGGGUGGUUGAAGACUGUUCUGUGAAAAACGUAAUAAGAAUUGCUAAAUAAAAUUGCAAUGGAAAGGAAAAUAUUACAACUGGGAAAUUAGCCUUGCUGUAUACAGAAGGAAAACAGAAAGAUUUCUCUGAAACAGUGCUGUUAAGCCUUUCCAAGAACUAGCUGGCUAAUUCCUCUAAAGUAGGCUUGGGAGACCCUGUGGCUCUCCAGCAGUUGCUGGACUCCAACUCCCAUCAGCCUCAGCUAGCCUGGCCAAUAGACAGGAAUGCUGGUAGUUGGAGUCCAGCAAUACAUGCCAGGCUUGCAGGUUCCCCAGCCUUGCCCUAAAGCAGGGUUUCCCAAAUGUGGGUCUUCAGCUGUUUUUGGACUACAACUCCCAUCAUCCCUAGCUAGCAGGACCAGUGGUCAAGGAUGAGUGUUUCCAGGUUCAGGAAGCCACUAUCUCAUGUGGGUCUCCUGCCCCACAUCCCGGAGGCUGAAGAACAGGCUCUGGUUACUUAAGGGGAGAGGCAGUUUCCCUCUGCGUAUGCUCAGAUACCCUCUUACCAUUAUUGCAGCUUCAUCUUUUUUCAGAGGCUGAGCCCUGGCGCCACAGGCAGGGGAUCAAGCCUAGCUGGGAAGCAUGGCCUGUGAGGUUAAAUCCUGUGUUGGCUAUGCACACCCAUUCCCAACAGGGAACAUGGGCAUGUAGCCAAGGCAGCAGGAUUAUACUCCCCGCUUGUCAGGGGGGUUAAAUCCUUCUGGGAGCAAGAUUUAAUCCUCACCCAUCAGCUGCUCAUCAGGCGUUAAAUCCUGGAAUGAGGAAGGGGUUCACAUGGAAAUCCCUGCUAAAACCAAGGUUCCCCUCCACACCCCCCCACCUUGGUCUGACUUGAUAGAAGGCAGAAUCCCAUGUCCUUCCCUCUCAUCUCUGCGGCAACUGGGUGGUACAUGAGCAGGUCAGCGCCUGAGCUGAGAUGCUCCUUCCAUUUCCCCCCCUUUGGCUUUACAUCAGAUGCUCCUGGCUGAGGGCGUCUGGAAAGGAAACAACAGGAAUGGAUUGCCACGUUUUUUAAAGCACCAUCACUCAUCCUUUCCUUCUGGCAGCCUAAGAGGAAAAGCUGUGUCCUGUCCUGUCAGACCUUCCUAUUCCACCAAACUUUAAUAGCUGGUUCUGACUCCAUGGCCCAAAAGUGGUUCCAUUUGGGGUGGAGUGUUUGUUUGUUUGUUUGUUUCUUUGGGAAAGGGCUUUGAGGUUUUUGGGGGAAACUCCCUGUCGGUUACUGAUGUAAAACCGACCAAGGCAGAGAUGAGUCAGGAACAAGGAUAAUAACGUCCAUGUGUGGGCAUUCCUUUUAAUUUAUGAACGUCCGCUGCAUUUGCCAGGGAGUAAAGAGGCCGGCAGGGAGGGCCUGUGAGGUCUGGGAUGAAAUUCCUGCCAGUACAUGAGAUGCAAAGGCCCAAGUAUCUAUGUAUUUCAACAUUUUCUCUCACGGGCUAAAACAGGUGCUUGUUAUUGCACAACAGAAAGUGGGCUGAUCCGCUUGCACAACUGUCAGGUAUUCUGGAAGAGGAUGGGUUGAGAACAGGGUUGGGGCUGGGUUGGUCUUCUUUUCCAGAUGAUUUGUUGUAUUUCUCUUCCCCGCCGCCUUCUUUUAUCUGUACAACAACCCUCUGAAGUAGAUCGGACUGGGACAGGCUGGCUUCAUGCCACACAUAAGGCCAAGCCAGACUGUGGCUUAGCGAGAGUGAGCUAGUGUUAAGGUACAGUGCUACCUCGGUUUACGAAUAAUGAACGAAUUCCUAUGCCCCACAAAUAACCCAGAGAUGCAUUUUAAAUAAAAGGACUCAUUCUACUCAUGUAAAAACACGCUGAUUCCCGGACUGUCUGCGGGCCGGAUUUAGAAGGCGAUUGGGCCGGCUCCGGCUCCCGGGCCUUAGUUUGCCUCCCCAUGUUCUAGUGGUCAGGGAUGAUGGGAACUGGAAGGGACCAUGUUCUCUGCCCCUGGGUUAUGUGGGCACCAUGGGGUUCUUUGGCUGGCCGAGAGGUGUGGCUUAUGUGUCUUCUCUCGCUCUCUCUCCUUUCUCCUCUUCUGUUUUCCAUUGUUUCGGCACAGGAACUCAGAACGUCAUUGAAGCAUGUGUGACACAAGGAACUCAAUAUCUGAUUUACACCAGCAGCAUGGAAGUGGUGGGGCCCAACGCGAGGGGCGACCCCUUCUUCAGGUACGGGCCUCACCUGGGGCUUCCGGCAUCUCUGCCCCGGCUGCCUGUGCUCCAGCGUGUAUUGCUGGGCUUCCUUCCCCUUCCACGGCACAGACCUGUCUCCUUCUCAGUCUGUGAUUAAGGGCAGGCGAGUUCUUCCUCUAACUUCAUUUUUCCUUUAGAAAGCCCACCCAUCUUUCAGAACUAUAGGUGGUUCUCUCCCCCUGCCCCUUUUUAACCUUGCAACACCCCUGUGAGGUAGGCUAGGCUGAGCCAGUGGGAACUGCAGCCAUCCUGUCAUUGGGAGGCACUUUUGAUAAAGCGAUGUGCCUAAAGCGCUUGUGUUCUCUCUCAUACACAUAUACACCCAGAGCCCUGAUAUCCACAGCAGGGAGUUCCCUCUGGCUUUGGUCCAGGCCAGCAGUGGUUCCUCCCCUGUGCAAGGGCUUCCCCCGUGCCCUCCCUAGCAACAUCACAACAACACAUGUGCACAGCAACGGUAACCCUGGAGAUGGGCAAUGGAGAUAUAUUAUAUAUAACAGCGCUCCCUCCAUGGCAAUAUUUUGUUCCUGUUUCUAACACUGUGCAUGCACCAUGCAUUUAAAGAAACUUCCCCUGCCGAAGGAUCCUGGGAACUGUAGUCUGUUAAUGGUGCAGGGGAUUGUAGCUCUGUGAAGGGAAAACCACAGUUCCCAGGAUUCUUUGAAAGAAGCUUGGAUGGCUUUAAGAGAGGAUCAGACUCAGUGGCUCUCAAUGGCUAUGUCCUGCCUCCACAGCUGGAGGAAGUUCACCUCCGAAUGCUAGUUUCUGGGAAUCGCAAGAGGGGAGAGCACGGUGUUGUGCUUGGGUGCUGCUUUCAGGCUUCCCAUAGGCUGGCCAUGGUGGGAAGAGGAUGCUGGAGUGACCCAGCAGGGCUGUCCUUCCAUUCUUAAGCCUUGCGCAGUUCCUUGAAUGUGCUUUAAAUGUACGGUGUGUGGAUGCAGCCUAAAUUGCCACUUCCACUAAAGCAGGAGAUUGGCAGUUUCUUGUCUGCAAACAUUAAAUCGCCUCCUUUGUCUGUAAACACAAAACGUCUCGGUGCUGAAUAUUUUGGCCCGGGGCAAGGAAAGAAAAUGGAGAAACUCAGACAGCUGUCUGGUAUGUGUGUGUGUAAGGAAUGGGACAUUAAGCACCCAUAAUCCAUCCUUCUCCUCGAAGAGUGCUGAAAACAUGCAUGGAUUCCAAGUUCCCAACCUUUAGAGGCCCAUUUGCAAAUCUUAAAAUGUAUCAUAGGCACCAGAGAAUGCUGGCUUUACAGAGGAAAAACUGGCAAUGCCUGAAACUGCCCCUGCCCCUACAAAUCAAACAGAUGAAACACACCCACCCACCAAAACAACAACACACACAGACAGAAAAGCAGGAAAUGCCUGCAACUGAGCAAUUCCUAAAAGCCAAACUCAUUUUAAAAAACAACAUUAACUAGGGAGGAAUCAUAGAAUUGUAGAGUUGGAAGGGACCUAGAGGGUCAUCUAGUCCAACCCCCUGCAGAGCAAAGGGCACCAAUUUGGGGGACCCCCAGGUUACACAAUAGCACCUCCCUUGGAUUCUCCCACCCCUACCAGUCAAAAGGAAGCUUGUGAUGUCCAUGCGCUGCAAUAAAAAGAUGCCUCCCUGGAAUGAUAUGAUGGAAUUCUGGGGUGGGUGGUCUUUGUAGGGGGUAGGAUUUUGCUGUUGUUGAGGAAGUGAGGGAAUAAUCAAGUAAUAAGUUUCAGCUUGCAAUAGGAACUGGGAAAUGCUGCAGCUUUAAUGCACAUUUAUUAAAAGGUAUAAAUAAAUGCACAUUAAAGUUGCAGCGUUUCCCACUGUGCUUUUGCAACGCUGGGAGAAACAAUACUCUUGCUUCUACCUGUCUCUUUUUAGAUGCAGGCACCUUGCCCUGCACUUGACAGUGGCCUCUGUACCAUCAUAGCACAGUGCAUUGGAGUUAAUUGAACAAAACUGAAGUAUAUUGAGGUACAUUAUUUUGUAGCAGAGACGGAAAAGGAUGGGUCUGGCAGGUGGGGCUUCUGGGCUCUCUUUCUCUAUGUUGAAGUAUUGGGUUCUGAUUCCCUGUGGCAUGUUCCUCUUCUUUGCAGGGGAAACGAAGACACCAAAUAUGAGGUUGUUCACACCGAGCCUUACCCGGUUAGCAAAGCCAAGGCUGAGCGGUUGGUCAUCGAAGCCAAUGGACGAGCGGUGAGUCAGGCUCCCCUUCAGCCCACGUUUCGAAUGGAACAAAGAACCUUAAAAGGACUAACAGAUUUAUUAGGACAUAAAUGUUCAAGAGCCAAAACCCACUUCCCCAGAUCCGUGGCAUGAACCCUUCGCCUCUGUCGGCCAACUAAGAACAAUUUAUGCAUAUACAGUGGUACCUCGGUUUAUGUACUUAAUCCGUUCCUGAAGUCCGUUCUUAAACCAAAUCCAUACUUAAAUCGAGGCGUGCUUUCCCUAAUGAGGCCUCCCACUGCCGGUGCCCUUCCACUGUUUGGCUUCCGUUCGUAGAUCGAGGUAAAGUUCACAAACUGGAACACUACUUCCGGUUUUGUGGAGUUCAUAAACAGGACUGUUCGUAAACUGAGGUACCACUGUAAUGAUGUAGGCUGCUGUCAAUUGAAGUUUAUGUGCCCCAAUAACUCAAUUAGUCUCUUACAAGAGUUUUGUGGCCUCUUAAAAGUGCAGCAAGAUGUCCCCUCUGCAGUGUAUUUACGACACUCUUAAAACCCACCCUUUCUCUCUACCCUCUAAUGAGCUUGAGUGCACAUAGCAUUUCCUUAUCUUUCUGAUAAUCCUGUGUGGUAGUGUUAUUUAGUCAUUCUCGUUUUGAUUUGUAUACGACUGUGACCAUUCCUGCUGCAUUCACCCUGGUUCACUUGCAGGGUGUUUACUUCUUGUUAGUCAUUUGCUUGGGACGUGGGUGGCGCUGUGGGUUAAACCACUGAGCCUAGGGCUUGCCGAUCAGAAGGUCGGCGGUUCGAAUCCCCACGACGGGGUGAGCUCCUGUUGCUUGGUCCCUGCUCCUGCCAACCUAGCAGUUCGAAAGCACAUCAAAGUGCAAGUAGAUAAAUAGGCACCGCUCCGUCAGGAAGGUAAAUGGCGUUUCUGUGCGCUGCUCUGGUUCGCCAGAAGCGGCUUAGUCAUGCUGGCCAAUAAAGCGAGAUGAGCGCCGCAACCCCAGAGUCGGUCACGACUGGACCUAAUGGUCCGGGGUCCCUUUACCUUUUACCUAGUCAUUCGCUCACUCUGCACCUUCCAAACUGCUUAAAAAGUCAAGUUUCUUUUUUCCAGAGUGGGUUUGUUGCAGCUAGGGGAGACAGAGCCCUUUGAUCCCCAUACCUCAACUUGAAUCCCUCCAGCAAAAUGCUUGACCCCCCGGAGGCUCCUCUACCCCACAUGCGUCACAGUGGGGGUGGGGGGUGGGAAGGGAGCCAGGUCCUUGGUGGCAGGGGAAGCUAACGGGUUUUCUCCACCUCCUCUUCUGUGCCACCAGGUGGAAGGAGGGAAGCAGCUGGUCACUUGCGCUCUCCGGCCAACUGGCAUCUAUGGGGAGCACCACCCACUGAUGAAACAGUUUUACGAGAAAGGGCUGAGCACCAAAAAGUGUCUUAUCCGAGCCGUCCCAGCCUCCACUGAGCACGGCAGGGUCUAUGUUGGUAAGUCUCGCAUGCACGCUGUGCGCCAUUCUUGAACUCCGAUGUCACCAUGAACUUUAGAUGCCUUUGCACGCACUCCCUCUGGUCCUUUAUAGCCAAAGCCCCAGAGAAGCAAGAUGGUGUUGCUGCUUUUUAUCAAAACAAAUAAUCUUUCCCUCCUGGAAUGCUUUGCUUCUUUACCCAUGACUAAAGCAAAUCAAGAACACCAGAGCCUGUGUAUUAAUGUUUAGCAGUCGGACCUCUUGAAUUCUUUUUCCAAGAGCAACAGAUAAACUACAAUGGGGAUUUGUAAAUUAAUUUGUGUAAGCAUUUGAAGGGCAACGUGGCCGUUCCUGGGCCUGCUUUUUAUUAGUUUGCUAACCUCUGCUAGAGGGCGAUUGGCUCCCAAGGAGAAAAUGUGUUUAAAAAAGUGGUUUUCUUGAAAGAAGAUCCCUUUGAUCUCCUGUAACUUAAAUUAUGAAUUUAUUUUUAUUUCCUCCUUACAAGGAAGGCUGAGCUAAGCCCUUGGCAAAUGCACAAGCAAAGACUUGCGUGCUUACGGACUGGAUGCUCAGUCAGACCAAAGCACUCUGAGUCAGUGACCUGAUGACAUUCACCUCUCUUAUUGUUUAUAUUCCUAUCUGUAGGAUCUCUCUCUCUCUCGCCCAUUGCAUAGGCUGCUUUAGCGAUCCUAUUUCUCUUUCCCAAGUGUUUCUCCUCUCUUCCUCCCCCUGCCAACCCUUUUGCAGGCAACGUGUCUUGGAUGCAUCUGCUGGUGGCCCGGAAGAUCCAGGAGUCUCCCUCGACCGUUUCAGGCCAGGUUUAUUUCUGCUAUGACGACUCGCCUUACAAGAGCUACGAGGACUUCAACAUGGAGUUUCUGGGCUCCUGCGGCUUCCGCAUGCUGGGCUCCCGGCCGCUGCUGCCUUCCUUCCUCCUGCGGUUCAUGGCGCUGUUCAACGCCUUCCUGCAGUGGCUGCUGAAGCCCCUGUGCAACUACACGCCCAUCCUCAACCCCUACACUCUGACUGUCGUAAGGACCACCUUCACAGUGCAGACCAGCAAGGCCAAGGAGCACUUUGGCUACCAGCCCCUCUACAGCUGGGAGGAGAGCCGGGCCCGCACUGUGAAAUGGCUCCAGGAGAUCGAUGCCCAGAGGGAUGCUGGGAAAUGA